CAGAAGCAUAGAAAUCAAUUUGACUGGCAAAAGGUAUGACUAAUAGUUUCCUUGAGACAUGGCUGAUUAUGCAUUUAAGUUUUUUUCAUUCUCACAGCUGCAUCCAGUGGUAUAAAAACCUCAUGAAGGAACUUUUGCCUUUGAAACAGCUAGCUACAUCUCUGAGUGUGGAUUCUAUUUAACUUGAAGACCCAAUGGCUCCAAAAUGGUUUACAUUCUUCUGGCUGCUGCCUGUUGUUGCAGUUCCAUUUUGCCUUUGUCAAGAUGAACACAUGGAGGUGAGGAGAAGAUCUAAUAAGCCAGUGGCCAAAGUAGUUGAAAGUCGUCACCAACGGACGAGCAAUAAUGUCCCCGAGAGGGCAGUAGUAGAAAAACGGAUUCAUCUUAUAGAGGCUCUAACCAUUAAUGCUUCUACAAACUUGUUGAUGAAACCAGAGGUAGAUGAUGUAGAACAAACAUCACACAGAGUCCAGGUACUCUGAAUUCUUAUUCUCAGAAUAUGUCAUGGUUAUUUUGUAGCAGAGACGUUCUAGUGUUGUGGAGCAGAAAAUGGUCCUGAUUUGAUAAAAAUGUUGCAUAAAUGUGAAUUACUUUAUUAAUACUUAAAAUUGUAUUUAUGCAUUUGUUUAUUGUAUACAUGAUGAGACAUAGAUGAUUCCAAUUAAUAAGUAAAAGGGUAUCAUUUGUAUUUCUAUAGAAGAUCAACUAUAGCUUUUCAAAAAGUCUGUUAGUUUUAAGGCAACAUUAGGCACAUUGUUUAUGGGUCAUCUUCACCAAACAAUGAAUUGAAACCAAUUACAAAUGUUUUCAAUUCUGAUAUUUGAACCUACAUUGUGAAAUUCAGUUCUAAAUUCACUCACAACAAUUAAUUCAACAAAAUUUGUUGGCUUGCUUAUUUUUUAAUAUUGAAAAAAGUAAUCAGUACUUGACUAUACAUAUAUAAAUAUAUGGCUUAAUUGGCUUAGUGGUACAUGAAACUGUUAAAUAGGAAUGCUGGGUAAUAGAAAACUCUGUUAACAAAUGAUUUGCCCUGCAGAGUGUGUUUUAAUGUUAAUGUGAAAACAAAAUUGAAGGUUAAUGUAUGUGACAUCAUAAAAUAACUUUUUGGCACACGUAGGAUUGUAAAUUUCUAGAGCCAUUGUUAAAUAGCAGUGAUUGCUAUAAAUUCAAAGAUAAUCUUGCUGUUGAUAUGGUUCAACAAUAAUUAAAAAAAUAAGACUGAAAAUCUACUUCUAGGAAUUAAAUACUUGCAUUACAUAUCAGCUGCAUCUAAACAAUAAAGAAUACAUAUUAUUAAUAUUUAACAGUAAUUUAUUUUUCAUCCAUUAUUAAUAAUAAUUUAAUAAUUUAGAGCAAAUUUAAAUUUCACAGGCAAAGCCUUAAGACUGAAAAGUAAUCCGGAUAAACAAACAAAAAGAAAAGUAAUUUCAGUUUUUCUUUAAUUAACACUGUUGCUAAUGCCUGCUUCUCUGCAAUCUAAUGAUUUUAAUAAUAGGUAAAGCUGUUGUAGAAUUCUGUAGAACUAUAACUCCAUAAUGAUUGCAUAGUCUUUAGACUGGCAGAACAUCAUGGAAGUUAUGAUUGGGUUAAACCAUCUGAGGAUCUAACCUUUUGGGCACUCCUAUCCUAAGCUCUUCGGGUUUGUGCAUUUUUACAAGACUGCUUUCUAAUCUGCAGCAUACUGGACAACACACCCUGAAAUAUGGUUUUGAUUAAAUAAACACUCCAACACUGCAUUUUUACAAGACUGCUUUCUAAUCUGCAGCAUACUGGACAACACACCCUGAAAUAUGGUUUUGAUUAAAUAAACACUCCAAGCACCAUAACCUCUACGGCAUGACUUCUUACAUUAGUCCACCAGGCUAGACUCCUCAUCUCCACUACUUCAGAUGGAGAGCUUCUGGCUGCCUGUCUGAGCUAAGCCCAGUGAUGCAGUGCUUAACUUAUUAGCUGACAGUAAUGCGUUAAUGUUAACAGCAGAUGAGCUAGCCCUGCACCGAGCUUAGCUCAGGAGAGUUAGCAAAAGCUUUUUCUUAGGAAUUUCCAUCUCUCUAUCUGAAGUAGUGGAUGCAAGGUGCAAUGUAAACCCAUAGAAUGCAGUCAAACCUUCCAAAAUACUUUGAAUUCUAGCAGUGUGGGGUUGCCACGGCACCCCUGGCACCAUAACCACUACAGCACGUUGUAAUGUUUAUGCUUAAAGUGUUUCUUUUAGCAUUCUUGUCACUGUACUCUGGUACCACAUGAGUAGGAUCUUGGUCAUGGUCAUACUUACCAUGGCUCCAGUUCAAGCUCUUGAUGAAUAUAUAAGCAUCACAGGGCUUUUGUGCAAGCCUGUGUCAUUCUCUGGUUGGUUGUACGUAGAGAAUGGAUACAUGUUCUAUCAGCCAUCUCUUAGGCAAGGUCUUGCAAAAUAAGUGAGUUAAGCUUAUGGUAAUGGUUAGGAUUAAAGAGUGUGCUACACACUUGCAUUUAGAUUUAAAAUUACAUUGCUCUGAAUAAAGACCUAACCCAAAUCUGUUUUUAGCCAUUAAUAUAAUACUUACCAGUAUAGAUAACCAGGUGGUUAUCAGGCAGUCCCACCAAUCAGAUCUGGCGAGGAAUGUCAGUAUCCUUGCUCGAUUUCUGAGGUGUGUUAUGCAGUGAGUUAAAGUCCUCCUUUUGUCAUUUUUUCAUCAACACAAUAAUUUCGUCAAAUAUAUAUUUGUAUUAAUAUUUCCUACAAGUGACAAAUUACCAAUAUUCCAUGUUGACAAAGGUUCAUUGGAUGGACCUUCCAUUUGAUGCAGUGAUUUUACACAAAUUGUUAAGCUAUCUAGAGUAGAUGCAAACAUUCCUGCAAGCAGAAAACAGGAGUUUACUUUCCACCAAUCCCAUCACCGUUUAUUAUCUUGUCUUAAACAUUAAAUGUCAUCAAAACAGAUAACACAAUGCAUCUUUGUGCCUUUUAGACACCACAACAACCGGAUUGCAAUACAUGCUGCAGAGGAGAUUUUGGAUACCGAACACCUCACUCAGUUCCAGGGCCACCUGGAUUACCUGGGCCACCUGGCAUUCCAGGUAAUUAAAGCAAAAUAAAAGUUAAGUAUAUUUAAUGUGUAGUUAACAUGAUUUCAUAUAUCACUUCUGAGCUACUUCUAUAACUGUGUAUAAACAGAGCUUAAAUUAUUUAUUCUGCUGGGAGUGAACAAAAAAACACAAAACAUUGAACCCUGGUAGGAAAAUUGCAUGUGUCUCAUUGCCCCCCAGCUCCUCUAUGUGUCUCUCUCUCCCCCUCUCCCCCUGUACCUUCUCACUACUGCAGCAAAGCACUUCCUGGGGGGCCUAGGCCAGCACAAAACCACGAUACACCACUGCACACACACACACAGUGGUGUAUCCUGGUUUUGUGCUUCCCUAGGCAGGACAAAACUCAGGCGCCCCCUCCCCCCCAUGCCAGUCCCCCCCCCAAGCCUUCUAAAUACACACACACAUUCACUGACAGAUACGCAUACACUCGCUAACAGAAACACACACACACACUAACAGACACACACUCACAGGCAAACACACUCACACUAACAAACACACACACUCACAGUCAGACACACACACUAACACACACACACACACACACUCACUAGCAGACACACACACUCACUGACACACAGCCAGACACACACAUACACACUAACAGACACACAGUCAGACACACACUAACAGACACACACUCACUAAUUAGCAGACACACACAGUCAGACACACACUAACACACACACACACUAACAAACACACACACAUAUUAACAGACACACUCACAGACAUAUACACACAGUCACUCACAUUAACACAUUUUUUUAUUUUUUAUUUACAACCCCCCAACCUCCUUACCUUUGGGAAUGCGGGGGGGUCCCUCUCUCCCUGGUGGUCCAGUGGCUGAUGGUCGGGCGGGCGGCUGGCAAGGGAGCACUUCCUCUGAGCUGUGUGCUCAGCUCCCUCGUGCGCCGCAGAGUGAGGCUGGGAGCCGGGUUGAUGACGUCAUAUUCCGGCUCCCAGCCUCACUCUGCGGCGCGCGAGGGAGCUGAGCACACAGCUCAGAGGAAGAGCUCCCUCACCAGCCGUCCGCACAGCGCCGCCCAGCGCCCGGCAUGUCUGUUAGCCGCGAGGCUAACUAGGCAUUUGCCCUGGGCAUUUGGGGAGCGGCGUUUUUUGCCGCCCCCUGGAAAAUGCCGCCAAAGGCAAAUGCCUUGUUUGCCUCGCGGCUAAAACGCCCCUGCACAUACACACACUUUCACUAACAGACACAUACACUCUCACUAACAGAGACACACACUCUCACUAACAGACACACUCACUAACACACUCACUAACAAACACACACUAACAAAAUCACAAUUAUUAUUUUUUUGCUUGCGUUUUGGUGGAUUUUUCCCUGUGGUCCAGUGGGGCUGGCUGCAGCUUGGCAGGCGGUUGGGCAAGCAGGCGCAGAGUGGAGGCAGGUUGCGAGGGAGCUCUGAUCCUCCUGCUCAGCUCCCUCACGCACCUCUGAUUGAUGCCUCAGCUGGAGUGACGUCAUAUUACUACUCCGGCAUCACUGGGGGGGAGGGGGGAGGGUGCAUUAAAUAUCUUCUUGUCAAUCUGCCCCUUGGAACUACCCUUAUAGAUUCAAUGAUAUUGUGAUCUAGUGAUUGGUCUAGUAUUUGAUUUUUAUCCUGGCGUUUAUGAAAUUACUUUUGAACAUCUUGAAUGCAUGGGUAUCUUAUCAACCCGAUAUAUGCAGUCACAAUGGAAUAUGUGAAAUUAAAUUUUCAUUGCAUAGAUUGCCUUUAGUCCUAUAAAAGGACCAUAUAAAACAGUUAUCUAAUAUCUGCCCCAUGUUUACUUCCUGUACAAUUGAUGUAUCCAGCAGUAGGUAACAUGCAAUAUGGAUUAAUUACAUAAUUUGGAAUUAUCCAAACUUAAAGGAGAACUAUCACAUCAACAUUAUUUUUUAAUAUAAUGAUCCUUUCAUUGUUUUGAAAGGAAAUAGAUUGUGCUCAUCCCUACUUUUAGUGUAUGACAGGAUCCUUCAGCCAUAUACAUGCAACUUUGGUUAGACAGUGUUUUGAUUGGAUAGUUUGUCUAUCUGAUGAUGUUACUGCUCUGUGCAUGGAAUAAAGCAGAGAAGACCGUAGAGACUAUAUAGAGGUUUUUUUUAAACACCGUCCGACCCAAGGUGUUGGUAUAUAGCUGAAGGAUCCUGUUAUAUACUAAAGGUAGGAAUUAGAUUUUUUUUACAUCUACUUCAUUUAACACAGAAUCUUUAUCCUUUCAAAACUUGUUGAAAAGAUCAUUAUAUUAAAAUAAAUAGCAUAGAAGUGACAGCUGCCUUUUAAACUCAUCUUACUUUGUAAAAAAUGGUGAAAUAUGAUUUAUGAAACAAUACUAUAUUUUUUUUUUGUUCCUUACGUCAGGUAUAUUAGUGUAUGCAUACUAAUGGCUUCUACUCAAUUUUGCUGAGCUCCUGCAAUAUUUCUUGAUACAGAGUCAUGGACAUAUUUCACAAACAGCUGUCAGACGAUCCUGUAGAUUGUCUGGAAAUGCUCUUUGACUGGCUCUGGUGGGAGUUGGACCUCUGUUUCCCACUGCACACUGCUUGCUACUGUGAAAUUGAUUUUCCAGGGUUUAUUCCAGAUAGUUGUCUGUUUGACUCUGACCCACCUGAUAUAUUCUGGAUGUUUUUUGUAGGUCACCUGUGGGUAACACAGGUGCUACCUUUCUGAUCUGAUUGUUGCCAGCAACAAUGAGCCAAUCAGGUACAGGGACUCCUUAUUGAUGGAGGGCUAUCUGGAUGCCCUGGGCCCAUUUCUGGUUCCAGUAUUCUUUGUGAUAUUUUGCCCUGAUCUUAAUUCUCUCUUAUACCUGACUAUGUUCUGCUCUCCUGCUCUUGUGUACCUGACCUGACCUGUUUGUCUUCUGUCUGAUUUUGUGUUCAAGUCCAUUGCUUGUUUGACUACCUGACAUGUGUACCAGUCCCUGGCUUGUCUGACGUCCUAUUCUGUGUACCAGUCUCUGACUUAUGCUCCUGACCCUUGCCUGUGUCUGGUAUUGUGUAUUUUAUAUUUUGUUAUUCUCCUGGCCUGUAGCUCUGUUCCUUCCUAAUUUUACCUUUAUGUUAGCCUAGCUACUCUAAGGUCCAGUAAUUGGCCUAUUCAUAUCCUUUUUGUCUUUGCCUUUGUUAGUUUGCUGCCUCUAAUUUUGCUAAGGAUCCUUUAGCCAACCCUUACAGAGAUAAAAAAAAUGAGAUGUCUACAAUCUACGGAGAGGAAAGAAGCCAAAAACAUCAUAAAUAAUAAAACUCUUAAAGUGCAUAUAAAAUAAAAAUGAUGACCAGUGCUGACCUUGGACCUUAAAGUGCCCUGUGCUGAAAAUCUUCACAGCGCCCUCCAUGGUCACAUAUAGCGUGUGUAUAGGAGUGUAGUGUUUGUGUAGGGGGCUAUAUUCCUGACUAUAGGGUCAGGAACACAAAACAUGUAUUUCUGACCCUAUAAAGUUAAAAACACUAUUUAGGUGGCCUGCUGCCCUUUGCCCCCCUUAAAUAGGAUAAAACCUCACCUUUAUUCUGGCGCGCAUAAGUCUGCUGGCACUGGCUCCAUACCUGAUUUUCCUCUUUUGCUGAGAUCAUCAGAAAGCAUGAUCUCAGCCAAUCCAAUACUUUCUAAUGGACAGGGCAGGGGGCGGAGACAUAAACUAGGCUGGCCAAUCAGCAUCUACUAAUAGAGAUGCAUUAAAUCAAUGCAUCUCUAUGGUGAAAGAUCAUUCUAAAAUGUCUAAAAUUAUUAUUUUUUUUAAUUCACCAAUUUUUUAUUUUUCUGUUUUUGAAAAGAAAAGAAAGUAGUACAUAGUAAACACAUGUACAACAUAUUGAUCCAUAUUGGGAGUUGCAGCUUGUAUCACAUGGCAGGAAUGCAUUGUAUGAUAGAUUUACAUGUUUAUUCAAACAGAUUGUAGACAAACAAAAAGUGGACAGGCAACACAUUGUAUGUGUCAUGAUUCGGGGAACCUAACACGCUGACACACACACACUCACAGAAAAGGUGCCGUACCGGACCUUAGAGUGGCCGGGCUAAGCACGCUAAGAAUAGUCAGGAGACAAGCCAGGUAAAGGGAGCCAGAAAACGGGAGAACGAGAAACAAGCCGAGGUCAAAGGAGUGGAGAAGACAGGAUAAUCGGAAUAACGAGCCAAAUAAUCAGUAACCAGAGAGCAAGACGAGAACACUACGCUACAGGUAUCACAAGACCACAACAGGGCACUGAGGGACAGGAAAGGUAAGUAUAAAUACCCUAGGUUUAAUUCUGAUUGGAUAACUUCCAAUCAGAAUUAACAAUCACAUGUGGGGGAUAUCUAUACCCCCCACUGUGAUUGUGGUACUGUUUCUUUAACGCCGGGUCACUCACGUGACCCCGGCGUUUACUUAACUCCUGGACCUCCCAGCGUGCAGCGUUAGACAUGCUGCCGCUGGGGGGCGUAGAGGACGCUGGCGGCGAGCGGCACAGAGGAGACGCCGCUCGCCGACAGGUAAGCAGAGAGGAGACCGCGGGCGGCGAUGGACUGAGGGUGAGUGCUGCAAGUGGCGUGCAGCCUCCCCUCUUCGCCGCCCGCGGCUCCCUGACAUAACCCCCCCCUCGAGGCCCGCCCAACAGGCGGGAAGCCGAAGGCUUCGAAGGGAACCGCGCAUGAAAGGAGCGGAUCAAGGAGGGCGCAUUCAAGUCAGAGGCAGAAACCCAGGAACGCUCCUCAGGACCGUAACCCUUCCAAUCAACCAGAUACUGCAACCGACCUCGAGAAAAACUAGAAUCAAGCAAAGCAGCUACUUCGUAUAAGUCAUUAGAGAUAGCGCGAAGGGAAUCUGGACGCCUAAGAGGACCAGAGAAUCGAUUACAGAGCAGGGGCUUCAAAAGGGAGGUGUGGAAAGUGUUAAGUAUACGCAUGGAAGGAGGCAAGGCUAGAGAGUAGGACACAGGAUUGACACUACGCAAUACCUUAUAGGGGCCAAGGAACCUGGGCGCGAAUUUCAUAGAGGGGACCCUGAGGCGGAGAUUCUUAGAGGACAACCAAACCCUAUCACCCGGGACAUAAGAGGGAGCAGCACCCCUACGACAAUCAGCAAAUUUCUUCUGAGUAGCAGUCGCACGAGAAAGAGUAGCAUGGACCUGAUCCCACAUCUUCCGUAAGGAGGUGAGGUGCUCGUCCAAAGCGGGUAUUCCCUUGUCGGAGAAUACGCCGGGAAGGACAGAGGGUUGGAACCCAUAAGCAACCAUAAAAGGACUUAAGCCAGUGGAUGAAUGAGUCAUCGUGUUCCUGGCGAAUUCAGCCCAAGGAAGGAGGUGAGACCAGUUGUCCUGGUGUGCAUUCGUGAAGCAACGUAAAUAUAACUCCACAUGACUAGAUACUCGUAAUGCCCACUGCGUGUAUUGAACGCUGUCUUCCAUUCAUCAUUUUCUUUUAUCCGAACCAAGUUGUAAGCCCCCCUGAGGUCUAGUUUAGUAAAAUAUCUAGAACCUUUAACACGGUCAAACAACUCAGUAAUGAGAGGGAUAGGAUAAGCAUUUUUAAUUGUUAUAUUAUUCAGACCCCUAUAAUCUAUACAUGGUCUCAAAUCGCCCUCCUUCUUGGCAACAAAAAAGAAACCAGCACCAGCAGGAGAGGAGGACCUUCUGAUAAAACCUUUACGUAAGGAUUCCUGUAUGUACUCCUCCAUGACCUGGUUUUCUUUCUCAGAAAGCGGGUAGACCUUACCCCUAGGAGGCAUCGUUCCAGGUAACAAAUUUAUGGCACAAUCAUAAUCCCGGUGUGGGGGUAGUUUAUCAGCUUCCCUCUUUUCAAAGACCAAUGCGAGGUCUGCAUACACAGGAGGGACAGAAACAGAAAGUGGUUUAGCUGUAGGCACAUUAAUUAAACAAACGGGAUGUAAACGGGCCAUACAAUCCUGUUGACAAGAUACCCCCAAGGAUAGUAUAUCUAGAGAUAGAGAAUCCCAAUCGAGUACUGGGUUAUGCUUCACUAAACAGGGAAAACCCAGAAUGAUGGAAGCUGUAGGGGAGUCAAUUAUUUGAAAGGCUAUCCUUUCUUUGUGUAAGGCACCCACGACCAUAACCAUUUCUUGGGUUUCAUGGGUCACCAGAGGUUUCUCAAGUGGUCUACCAUCUAUGGCUUCAAUGGCCAAGGGUGUGGCCUUUUGGAUCAGAUUCAUGGCUGCGGUUUUAGCAAAGUUCUCAUCCAUAAAACUGUCUGCAGCACCUGAAUCGAUCAAGGCUUUAGUUGUUAUCGUGGUUUUAUUGACCAAAAGAGAAACCGUUAUAAAUGGUCUAGAGAUGGACGUAUGAGGGGAAAAAACCAUAACACCCGAGGCCGACCCCUCUCUAGGUCUUAGGUGCUGGAGUUUCCCUGCAAACUAGGACAGUUUCUUCGGAGAUGCCCCCUCUUACCACAAUAAAGGCACAAACCCUCCCUUCUGCGGUACGUUCUUUCAGCUUCAGAUAAGCCUACAGCUCCUAAUUGCAUGGGUUCGGGAGGUGGUUGAUUAGGGGGAGGUAAUGCUAGCAAUGCAGUACUGGGUAAAGCAGGCAACCCCUGUGUAUUCAUCCUCCUUUGACUACGCCUCUCUCUGAUAUGGUUGUCAAUUAGAAUGACAUAAUCUAUUAGAUCAUCCAGAAGAACAGGCAUUUCCCUGGAUGCUAUCUCAUCUAAUAUGUAAGCAGCCAAACCCUCCUGAAAAGCUGUUACGAGAGCGUCGUUAUUCCAGACCACUUCAGCUGCCAAAGUACGGAAUUCAAUGGUAUAAUCCGCUACUGAUCUAUUACCCUGUCGAACCCUAAGCAGAGCUUUGCCAGCAGAAGCAACCCGGCCGGGUUGGUCAAACGUACGUUUAAAAGCUGUUAAGAAGUCUGAAAAGGACAUUGGGGACGUAUUCUCCCACAUGGGAUUAGCCCAUGCUAGUGCUUUCCCGGACAAAUGGUUAAUCAAAAAGCAAUUUUGGUUCUGUCAGUGGGGUAGGAACGAGGAUUCAUCACCAAAUGAAUAUCAAUUUGGUUGAGGAAACCACGGCACAAUGCUGGAUCACCGCUAUAGCGCUGAGGUGGCGUCAUGUGAACCACGUGAGCAGGAGCGGGUACUGGAUCAGGAAUGGGUUCUGGCACAGCAGCAACAGCUUCUUGGACGGCAGGUUGCAAGUGGGCAGUACGAGCCAGUAUGGUUUGUAAAGCCUGGGCAAACUGAUCCAUACGGUGGUCUAAACCGUCCAUUCUAGCCUCCUGAUUAACUAACAGCUGUGGAAUGUCAGCAGGUUCCAUGGUGGCCCUGUUGUAAUGUCACGAUUCGGGGAACCUAACACGCUGACACACACACACUCACAGAAAAGGUGCCGUACCGGACCUUAGAGUGGCCGGGCUAAGCACGCUAAGAAUAGUCAGGAGACAAGCCAGGUAAAGGGAGCCAGAAAACGGGAGAACGAGAAACAAGCCGAGGUCAAAGGAGUGGAGAAGACAGGAUAAUCGGAAUAACGAGCCAAAUAAUCAGUAACCAGAGAGCAAGACGAGAACACUACGCUACAGGUAUCACAAGACCACAACAAGGCACUGAGGGACAGGAAAGGUAAGUAUAAAUACCCUAGGUUUAAUUCUGAUUGGAUAACUUCCAAUCAGAAUUAACAAUCACACGUGGGGGAUAUCUAUACCCCCCACUGUGAUUGUGGUACUGUUUCUUUAACGCCGGGUCACUCACGUGACCCCGGCGUUUACUUAACUCCUGGACCUCCCAGCGUGCAGCAUUAUACAUGCUGCCGCUGGGGGGCGUAGAGGACGCUGGCGGCGAGCAGCACAGAGGAGACGCCGCUCGCCGACAGGUAAGCAGAGAGGAGACCGCGGGCGGCGAUGGACUGAUGGUGAGUGCUGCAAGUGGCGUGCAGCCUCCCCUCGUCGCCGCCCGCGGCUCCCUGACUGUAUGUAUGGUAGUAGAUAUAUAUUUCUAUAAAGAGAUUUUGUUCAACCUAUGUUCUCGGAAUUUGGUACCCUGUUUGUUGGGGGGGGCAUGAGAUCAUACAACAGCUGGCAACCAUGUGGUGGAGAUGUUGCCGCCCUCUAUUUAUCAAAGUGCAGGGUUUGGCUAGUGAGUGUAGAUGCGACUCCUUAUAUGUGUUUAUUCCAAAGUCCUGCUAGUGUUGUCGUGUUGGGUUUGACACGUUUGGGUUGAAGUUGUGAGGGGGUGCAUUAGUAGGGAAGGAUGUGUGAGGGGAUCAGUAAGGUGGGGCCUGUUAAGGCUCUGGAGGUCUAUCUCGAGUAUGGUGUGGUUAUUGUCUUGUUUUCUGUAAGUUCGGUUUGAUGGUCGUCCGGCUGUAAGGUGUAGUGCCGAUUUAUGAGCAAUGUCUCAGUAUUGUAUUUAGUUUGGAGACUAGCACAUCCUUCAGUAAGUGUUAAUUGAACCCAGCAACCUGGAUGAUAUGAAGUAUCAUUAGUGAAAGUAACCAACAAUAUAAAGAAUUAUAUACACUAUGCACAAGUGGGUUUUUGUGAUUAUUCAAUGUUAAAGUUGGUGAGCAACCGAUCCAGAGUGGUGUAGGUGUUGUGUAUAAACUUCCCCAACAUAUGGUAGUAUAAAUAUUUUUUUUCCCCCUUUCCUCCUACCUUAGCACGCCGGAUAUAUGUUUCCCAUUUCUCUUGGAUCCUUCCGAGUGUAGUGCCCCUACAGGAGUGUUUUUGAGUCCUGCACUCAUAGUCAAGAUUAGUGCUGAUUUGACUUAGGAGAGCUUCCCUGGUUGGAAUGGUUGUGGAUUUCCAAGCUCUAGCUAUUAAUGUGUUUGCUGCUACCAGGACAUGAAAGAUGAGUGUGGAGUCUAUCUUUAUAAUUUGGUUGAGCGAAAUGAAUAGGAGGCAGAGCUCAGGGGAAAGGGAGACAUUCUUGAUAAUGAGUUGUGAUAUUAUCGUCCUCACCCUCUCUCAAAAAGGCCAUAAGCUCGGACACGUCCACCAGGUAAGGUACAUGGUAUCCCUUGUUGUUCUGCAUUUCCAAUAGGUACCAGAGGAGGUUGGAUGUCCGGCACCAUGUACCAUCGAUAUUGAUGUAUAGUCACUUUCGUAUAGAGUAUGGCUGCCUAAUAAUACGCUUUAAUAUCUGGCAGAGCCAAGCCGCCCUCCACUACUGAUCUGCUAAGUAUUCUACUUGCAACACGGCUUCUCUCUCUACUCCAUACGAAGCGGACAAAUAGUUUGUGGGUUGAUUCUAUGAAUCUUUUGGGGAGGGGCAAUUGCAGUGUUCUCAGCAAGUAUUGAAGUUUGGGCAGCAGGGUCAUUUUGAUGGCUGCUAUUCGGCCUGUCCAGAAUAGGUAAUUGCCUUCCCAUCAUUUCAAAGUGUCGGAUAUUUCCCUUAACACUCUCCCAUAGUUUAGUAUGAACAUGUUGCCCAAAUUCCUUGGCAUCUUAAACCCCCAAAAAGUCAUACAGUCAUUUCUCCAGUCUAGGAAGAAGGACGACGUCUGCAUUUGCAUCAGCACUUUUUCAAUGGCUAUUCUCAUUGCUUGGUUUUUUGUGACAUUUAAUUUAUAGUAUACGUGUUGACCAUAUUCCUGGAUUUCCCCUAGUAGCUUAGGCAGAGACUCCUGCGGUUUGGUAAGUGUGAGCAGGAUGUCACCUGCAAAGAGGUUUGACUUAUAUUCCCUGACUCCCAGUUUUAUUACAUGUAUAGCGUCAUUGGCUCUGAUCCUUGCUGCCAAAGGCUCCAUUGCCAUGACAUAUAUGUCACGAAUGGGUAACCUAACACGCAGAAUAAUAACCCUCCUAUAGGUAAAAUAAAUACCUAAACUGGUCCUUAGAAUGGCCGGGUUAAAGAACGAUAAGAAUAGAAUAGUCAAACAGGCCUAAGUCAAAGGGAACCAGAAAAUAACCAAAAAUGAAUAUCAGAGCCGACUCAAGGGAACCAGAAAGCACUAAUAAAAAAGCACAAAACCAGUAAGAAAUGUAUUCUUGGGGCACUAGUAAACUAGGAAUGACAACAGGGCUCUGAAACAUUGGCUAAAUGUGCUUAGGGGUGUGAUAAACGUAGUCACAACACCAAAACGUAAGUGGGCAUCUGUACUGCCCAUCACCUGGCAUCAGCACAUAUACACUCCAUCAUAAAAAGGGGCAUGCACACAGUAGUUGGCAUUCAGGAGACUACCAGAUUGUGCAGGAUGAUCAGAGGAGGCGGCCUGCCGAUCAGUUGUUCCUCCGAUUGAGCGGACUGCCUUCUCCUAUCAUCCUGCCCAAUCUUGCAGUCUCCUGAAUGCCGGCUGUUGUGCUCACAAUAAGUACAGGACUCCUCACAAUAUAGGAAGGGGGAGGGCAGACACCCCUGCCUUGAUCCUUUGGAAAUUGUAAAUGGGUCCCUUAGAAACCCUACGUUUAAAACAUGGUGAAAACAUGGCCGAGGCUUGACUGUGAUCUUUAAGGACCUUACAUAGUUACAUAGUUAAAUAGCUGAAAAGAGACUUGCGUCCAUCAAUUUCAGCCUUCCUCACAUAUGUUUUUGCUGUUGAUCCAAAAGAAGGCAAAAAAAAACAAGUCUGAAGAGCUUCCAAUUUUGCAACAAGCAAGAAAAAUUCCUUCUUGAUCCCAAAAUGGCAGUCAGAUAUCCCCUUGGAUCAAGCAGCUAUAACCCCACUAAUUAGGAAUUAUAUCCCUGUAUGUUAUGUUUUUGGAAGUAUUUAUCCAAUUGCUGUUUAAAUAUCUGUAUGGACUCUGAUAAAACCACCUCUUCAAGCAGAGAAUUCCAUAUCCUUAUAGAUCUUACUGUUAGAUAAAAUCUCCUUUCUUCCAGCCUAAAUGCGUGACCUUGUGUAUGUAUAGCCCUGUUUAUGAAUAGAUUUCCAGAUAAUGGUUUGUACUGGCCCCAAAUAUAUUUGUAUAAUAUUAUCAUAUCUCCUCUGAGACGCCGUUUUUCAAAACUAAAGAGAUUUAAAUUAUUUAACCUUUCUUCGUAACUAAAAUGCUCCAUUCCUUUUAUCAAUUUUGUAGCUUGUCUCUGCACUUAUUUUAGUGCCAUAAUAUCCUUCUUUAGAACAGCUUCCCAAAAUUGCACAGCAUAUUCAAUGUGUGGUCUUACCAGUUAUUUAUAAAAAGGCAAAAUUAUAUUUUAAUCCCGAUAAUUUAUGCCCUUAUUUAUACAUUACAAAACCUUACUGGCCUUAGCAACUGCAGAUUGACAUUGCAUAUUGCUGCCUAAUUUGUUGUAUAUAACAAUUCCCAAAUCCUUCUCGUGUGUGGUUAUUCCUAAUUCACUACCAUUUAGGGUGUAAAUUGCUUGUGUAUUCUUGACCCCAAAGUGCAUAGCUUUGCAUUUCUCUACAUUAAAUUUAAUCUUUAGUGCCCAGUCCCCCAACCUAUCUAAAUCCCUCUGCAGCAAAGCAAUAUCCUGUUCACAUUUUAUUACUUUACAAUGUUUUGAGUCAUCUGCAAAAACUAAAAUAUGGCUUUCAAUGCCUAUUGCAAGAUCAUUUAUAAAAAUGUUAAAUAGAAGCGGUCCCAAAACAGAACCCCGAGGGACACCACUUACCACUUUUGUCCAGCUUAAAAAUUUACCAUUAAUGACAAUUUGUUGUACUCUAUCCUUAAGCCAAUGUUCUACCCAACAACAAGAAUAUUCAUCUACACCAAUUUCUUUUAGUUUGAAAACUAACCUAUUGUGAGGAACAGUAUCACAUCCACUGCAACACCCUGAUCUAUACUUCUACUUACUUGUUUAUAGAAUGCAAUUAGGUUAGUUUGACAUGACCUAUAUUUCAUAAAAUAAUGCUGAUUAUUGCUAAUAACAACGUUCUUCCCAAUGAAUUCCUGAAUAUUAACCCUUCAACUAUUUUCCCAGUCACAGAAGUUAAGCUCACAGGUGUAUAAUUUCCAGGCAAGGAUUUUGAACCCUUUUUAAAUAUAGGAUCCACAUCUUCUUUCCUCCAAUCCUUCGGUACAACUCCUGAAACAAAAGAAUCUUGAAAGAUUUAAUACAGAGGUUAUCUUAUUUCCCUACUUAGCUCCUUAAGUACUCGUGAGUGAAUACCGUCAGGCCCCGGAGCUUUAUUUACAUUCAUUUUCUUUAACUGCUGUAGCACCUUGUCUCGAGUCAUCCAAUCACACGUUAUCUGCAAUUUUUUUGCAGCAAUCAUUUGCAUAUAUCUUGCCAUAGGAUCCUUAUUAAUAUAUACUGAAGAAAAAUAGUUAUUUAAAAUGCCUGAUUUUUCCUAGUCUUCAUUAACUAACAGACCCAUCUCUGUUUCCAGUGUACCUAUACUUUCAUGUUUGUUUGUUUUUAGAAUUGAUGCACUUGAAAAAAUUAGGGGGGUUGGUUUUGCAUUCUUUGGCUAUCAAUUUCUCAUUUUCUAGUUUAGCCACUUUAAUUGCCUUUUUGCAAGCAUUAUUGGCUUCCUUAUAUCUUCUAUAGGAUACCUCUGAUUUGUCAGAUUUAAAUGCUUUUAAUGCCCUUUUCUUAUUUAAAAUCUCUUGUUUUAAUUCUCUACUAAGCCACAUUGAUUUCAAUUUGUUUCUUUUAUAUUUAUUACCAAAUGGUACAUACUGAAACAUGUACCUUUCUAAUAUUAGUUUGAAGAGUUUCCAUUUAUCCUGGAUCAGGCUACUAGGAUUAUAGUCCUGGACACAUUUUCCAUCAGCAGAGCAGUUAUCAGAGCUCUUUUCCCAAACACCAGAUGAUACUUGGUGAAGGUUAAACCAACAACUAACUUUAAUACACAUGGCACACAUUUAUUCCCCCAACAGCCUCAUUUACAUACAAUAAGGUAAAUAGAACACUAAAGUACUUGGAAGGGUGGGGCCAGACAAUAGCAAGGGCUUAUGGGAGAUUGAGGAGGGAAAAGAUAGCUAGUUUAAACUGGUCUGGCAGUGUCCCUGGGACAAUGGGACAACGCCCAGCUGGGGAAACAAUAGGACAGGAAAAAGGGGGACGGGGAAAGGCGCAGACAAUCAUUACAUUCAACAUACCCUGCACCAAUAAUGGGCACAGGGUGACCAAACCACAAGAGGAAUCAGGGGCCAUACAUAUGUCCUUCUUACAUCCCCAGUGAUGGCGACUACCGUUACACCGGGUGUGCUGUUUUCAACAAAGUAUUGCUCUAUAGAGUUCUCCCGCAAAGGUUGGGUGACACAGUAUGGUGAAGUAAAUUCUCCACGGGCUGCAGUGUUUAAAUUUGUAUUAGUCUGCGAUAUGAUCAGUGCGUGAUCAGAUCAGGAGAUCCGAUCGAUAGAGCAUCCAGUCACUUGGUUAAGCGACGUUCCUGACAUGAGAAAGUUAUCUAUGCGAGCAUACGUGUAAUGUACUGCUGAGUAGUUUGUGUAUGUUCAGUCAUUUACAUGGUGGAUCCUCCACACAUAAUAUAGAUGGAAGGUAGGAAGCAAUUUUUGUAAGCAAUUGCAUUGGUGUUUAAGGGGUUUGUAUCGUACGCUCUUAUAUAAGAGCGUUGUGUCAAGUUUGCGUCUAGUACAUGGUUGAAGUCGCCACAUAGGACUGUCACUCCCUGUUGGAUUUUAGACAGUUUAUUAAGGAUAUGGUGAAGAAAGUUGCUCUGGUUGGCAUUAGGGGCAUAGAUGUUAACUAUGGUGUAUAAUAUGGUGUAGAAAUGUGCAGGAAGGGUCUGCAAGUAGCAGGAAGGGGCAGCAGGAAGGGGAAGCAAGGAGCGGAAAGGGGAAGAAGGAGCACAAAGGUUAAGUAGAAGGAGCAGAAAGGAUGAGAAAUGAGCACGAUGGGUCUGCAAGUAGCAGGGAGGGUCAGCAAGGAGCAGGAAGGGUCAUCAGGAGCAAAAAAGCAUCAGAAAGAGAAAGGAGCAGAAGGGCGCAAAAGAAGCUGAAAGGUAAAGGAGCAGAAGGAGCCAAGGAGAAGAAAAGACAGUGUCAGAAUAAAAAGAAGACUGUGCCAAAUGAAGGAGAAGAAAAGAAGAUUGGAGCAGGGAGGACAAGUGAAGUGAUCCUUCACUUCAUUCUGGAAACCACAUCAUAAGGCUUUGGUCCCUGGGCCUGGAAGGAAAAUCUUGGACCUUCUCAUCUCCCCAGGUAAAAAAAUAUCAGUGUUAAUGUGUUCACUUUUAUUUACUGAGUGUCAGGAAGCACAGAGUGCCGCUGGGCAGCGGUAUUGCUGAUUGGCUAGAGCGGUCAGCUGGCACUCUAAGCCAAUCACUAGAUCCCCAUUCAUAAAAAAGUAAAACAUUUUUAUGAACCGGGAACUAGCGAUUGGCUUAGAGCAUCAGCUGACCACUCUGGCCAAUCUGCAGCACCCAUGCCUGACGUCAAUCUGCACUUCCUGACACUCUAUUUUAGAAGCCGAAUGCCACUGAGCAACCUGGAGAUCUGGAGCUGGAGGAAGCCUUUGGGUUUAAAUGAUGUGAGAGCGGUUUAACCCCCUAAAGGAAAGAGAGUGCCAGACAAACCAUGUUUGGCAUGACAUGGAGCAGUGUGGUAUAACCUGGCAUCAGCAUCGCAGCUCUGGAUCGCAGCUCUGUCUUUUUAGGCUGUGGCUGAGAAUUGUGGCAAAGUUGUUGAAUUGGGCCAAGUUAGUUUUGGAAUAGAUGGCAAGUGAUGGUUUUGUUUUUAUAAUACUCACUUUUGUAUUUUCUUUGAAAUAUGGCAUCACAAUUUUUAAAAUAUUGUUGUAUGUUUUGUUUGUGCAUAAUCAGAAUGACUGGUAUGGUGCUGGCAUUUUUCGUAUUUCUCAUUCUUGCAAUUUCCUUGCUUCACAUAUAUGGAUGGAUUUUUUUGAUAACUAUCAAUGGAAUCCUUUGAAAACAUUCUAACACAAUACUACUUGUACAAAAUCUAGUAGGGCACAUUUUCCCUCCAUAAAUAUAUCCAGUUUGUCCUCACAGUAUAUAUACACAACUAUUUUAUCAAAAAAUCUUAUAUGAAAGAAAAAUUAGGCCAUUAUCGCUUUAAGUGUAUGUCAGAAUUCAGCGUUUAACUAAUAUCUCACUACAGAGAUUCCCGUCACCAAAACUAUUAUAAAGAUUCUUGGCAGCUUAUUGCUCUCUCACAAGUACACAGAGAUUAUUAUUAUGCUGUUACUAGAUACAGUUUCACACAUUGCUUGCACUAAUGAAUGAGUUACUGGAGACAAUAAGAUCACUUUCAAAUAAAUGGAAUUUUAGUAGACUGUGUUUUACUGCAUUUUCCACUUAAAUUAAAUUAUCGCAAUGAUUCAUUAAAAUUUUCGAACAGAUUUAUUGGAGUUUCACAAAACAAAUUUAUUUUCUAUUGAACUGUUGACCAAUUUUGACAUAUAAAAUUCACUACACUCAACGAAACAAACUCCCUGAUUAAACUAGUUUCCUUUUUUAUUGUUGCUAUAUAAGAAAAUGCUGACAUUUAGCCCAAAUUAUACAAAUUCUAAGAUCUCUUUUGGUAAUGUAUUAUCAGUAAUAAUGCAUUGUUAUGAGGCCCCUCAAGGUUUCACAACAAACCAAUUAAAAUAUAUUAAUUGGCUAAUGGCUAAUUAGUCCAAUACAUAGAAAAUACAUCAUAGAAUUUUUAAGCUCCAUAUACAAGUGUUACUAACAUUCAAUUGCAAUGUGAUAAUGAGCAUUACAGUGAUUUAUCUCAAUAUAUUGUAAUUUCUUUUGUCUUUCAAAUGUUUUCAUUGUUGACAAAGAGUAUAAUUAUGUUAUGUAUGCAAAAUGGAAAUUAAUGCAAAUCGAUGUUCUUGAGUUUAAGAAUUUAUGGCUUCCUUAGUUGAAAUGAAUGUGUGGGUUAGUGUUUCAUAUGAUAUGAUUUUGUGCAAUAAAUCCAAUUAGAACAAUUCCAAUUCCAAUUAUUUUUAUAGCACCAACACAGUCUGUAGCAUUGUACAAUAGGUAAACAAGACAAACAUUAAAUUCUAACAAAACAUGUAAGACAUAUGGGAACAGUUAAAGAGGGCCCAGCCAAAUGAGCUUACAAUCUAAAGGACAGCGAGAAUACAUUUUUGUUGGAAUAGUUUCAUUAUUUUGGGCUGCUAAUGUAUAUAUGAAGUAUGGAUUUCCUAAGCUAUUAGACAUGUAAUUAAUUUGCAAAAAUGUUGCUUCCCGAGAAGGAAUGCUGAUUACUGAAAUAAUUGUAAUAAAAGGUCAGAAGAUGUAUAGAUCAGGGUGUUGUAGUGGAUGUGAAUUACUUGGAUGUUGUUAAGGUAUUUGAUAUGAUUACUAUAAAAAUGUUACAGUACAAACUGAAAGUUACUAAUUUCAAUGAAUAUUUGUGUAUCUGGAUUGCUAAUUGCCUUAAAGUUCGAAAGAAAUUGGGUCAGAGCGAGACUUGUUGUUUAGGGUUUUUGUUUGAGCAAAUUCCUGUUCAAGCUGGAGCAGUAUUCCUGAAAUGGAAGUUUUGAUGUAUAGGUCAUUAAGAAAUGCUAUGUAUUCUGCCUAGAGUUCAAACAGGUCUGGCUUUGUGUAAUUUUUAAGUGUAGUGAUGGGUUAUUCAUGGGUUAAUUUAGCUGAAAUCUUUGUUUAUGGUGUGUGGAAUGACAUGGAGCAGUGUGGUAUAACCAGGUAUGAGCAUCGCAGUUCUGGAUUUUUAGGCUGUGGUUGAGUUGUGGCAAAGUUGUAGAAUUGGGGCAAGUGAGUUUUGGACUAGAUGGCAAGUGAUGGUUUUGUUUUUAUAAUAAUCACUUGUGUAUGUGCUUAAAAAAUAUGGCAUCAAACACUUUUCUCAGAAUUCCAUUUUAACAUAUUAUUGCAUUUUUUUAAAUUCUUGUAACUCUUGUUAUCCUUUCUUGUUUGUGUGUUGUAUCUACUGAUAUUUCUGUCUGCCUGUCUAUACAGCUGUAUAAUUCCAGAGUUCUCAGCAGCACUCCAAUGAAAAUUACAAAAAAGUAAUUUUUUAAAUCUAUAUCUACUUGUAUGUGGUGUGUACUUUUCUUUAUUGUCCUGUAUGUACAUUUUUGUUUCAUCAUUUAGUGAAUUGAGUAAGAAAUCAUAGAUUUAGAUGUAUUAUGAUUUUUAAUUUCCAAAAUGUUUAUUUCUAAAAAUAUUAACGUAGAGCUCCACGUAUAUAUUAAUCAGCUCAUGAACACAAUUAACCCAUUAAGGACCAAACUUCUGGAAUAAAAGGGAAUCAUGACAUGUCACAUAUGUCAUGUGUCCUUAAGGGGUUAAAGGGACACUCUAUGCACCAGAGCCACUACAGCUAACGGUCUUCUUGUAGUUUUUGCAGUGUAAACAUUGCCUUCUCUGAGAAAAGACUAACUUUACAUUCCUGCCUAAUGCCACUUCUAGUGGCUGUGACUCAGAGAAGCACUGGAGGAGCUUCCUGGUGCUGUCCUUCAAUCUUUGGAGAAUCAAUGUUUGCUGUCUCCGUGCUCGGCAUUGAGACACUGAACUCUUCCAGUCAGUCAAUGCAUUUCUAUGAAGAGAUUCUGAUUGGUGCAGAGCGACGAUUGCUGCCCAUGUACACUAGCCUCCCAAUGCUUCCCGAAAGGGAAGCUUUGGAUUAGCUGAGAUUAUCAAUAAUGAUGAUCUCAGCCAGGGAAGAAGCAGUGGCGGUGAGCCAGGGAAUAGAAAGUGAGUAAUGGUUUAUUUUUUCAUUUAUUUUUUUUUGGGUGGGGGGGCAAGGGGCAAAUCUAAAUAGCCCUUAGAUCAGUAUAACAUUAAGAACACAUGUUCUUAUUCCUAAAAUUAAACUGUUCCUCUAAUUUUGAAAAAAAAACCUCGGGAACGGUUAUUAGUAAAAUCUUGAAGCAAAGAGAGGUCUUUAUUUGAAAUUGUUUUUCAUUUAUUUUUUUUAAAAUCCUACUUACAAUUUAAAAAUUUUUUAAAUCUUUGUUAAACUGUUAGUCAUAUUGAAUAUUGUGGGACUGCUACAAAGUUUUAAAUGAAACAUUGUCAUACAUAUUUUCCACACCACAAUGAUGUUGAUAAAAUUAACAUGUUAUACGGCAGAAAGAUAAAAAAAAAAAAAUACUUUAAGCAAAACAAAUGAGAUUUGAAUGUAAAGAAAACCACAGCAUGAUUAUGAGGCCAAAAUCUAUCAAAUGCUCUUAAGACAUAUUGGUUCCGGGAGAAUAACUGAAGUGUCCUUUAAUGUUAAAGCAUUUCUAUAUUUCAGUGGCGUGCUUGUAAUAAAAAAUGUAUUUGGUAUCUUUUAUAAAUUAUUGUGGAUAAAUAUGGAAUGCUUAAAGAGGAACAUUGUGGCUGAAAAUGUGAAGGAGGAUAUCUUCAUCAGUUCUCUAAUCUGAUAUCUAGUGGAUCAUUUGGAAAAAUGUGAAAUGUGUCCCUAUAAAUAUCAUUUAAUAACAUUUUUCCUGUUUUUCAUGAACAUAAUAAUAAACAAUAUUCUAAUGUAUAUAUUGCGUUCCUCAUCUAUCAUGACCAAACUAAAAAAUAAUCCAUACAAAAUAAUAAAACAUUCCUUUAAUUUUCAGGAAAUCAUGGCAAUAAUGGAAAUAAUGGAGCUACAGGUCAAGAUGGAACCAAGGGUGAAAAGGGAGACAGAGGAGAUAUGGGGCCGCGGGGGGAGCGAGGUAACGUGGGAAUAAAAGGAGAAAAGGGAUAUCCUGGAAUUCCCCCAGAACUUCAGGUGACUAACAUCAGCUACUAUAUAUCCAUCCCAAUGUAAUGAAUUGUUACCUUUGCCUUUGUAUAGUGCAGUCAAAUCAAUCUGGGUUUAGAAUCCAAGCAGAGUUGGUUUCUCACGUCAUUUUCCAUUUAAUAAGCAGUGCAAAGAAUAAUCCCAGAAACCCAGUUUGACUGGGGUCUUGAGGAAUAGAUUUGUAAAGUUCUGUAGAAUGUGAAUGGAUUUAUGUAACUUCCUUGUUUGUAUUUAAAAUAGUAGAAAUGUUUGUUUAUGUAUGGCUUGGAACAGAUAAAAGAUAGGGGUUGGAGGAUCGCAAUAUUCUAGUUACUUGUAACACGUUACAAGAAUGUGAUUUACUUAGAGCAAGUGAAGUUGGAAAGAGGAAAAUAAUGGAGAAGAGAGCCUUGAUUACAUAUCAGUGUGAUCACGUGUAUCAGCAACGUUUCUGUUCCUAAUAAGCCGAUUAACCGCUAAUUCCCGCAGUUGAAUGCUUAAGAGGAGCAGAAAUAUAUUGGUUUAUAUAUGGAAUCUGAAACCUUAAUUUUUUUAAUUCUUUAUUUUUUUUUUCAUUUUAAAUUGACAUUUUAGAAAUUCAAUCAAUUUUUUGACCGAAAGAUACAUCUGUUCUAAAUGUACACUGAGAUCGAGAAUGAAUAAUAACAUGAGUCAUACAAUAGCCAUUUUACAGUUUUCUUGUAUCUUGGAUCUGAGUCCCCAGUUCCUGGCUGCUGUUUUGGAUCACACUAGAUAUUAUUUUAAGUAUUUCUAGAUGUACCAAUUUGGUGUUAUCAGUAUAGAAAAGUAUAAAAAGGAUUUAAAGAGGAAAGUUUUAACAUCUAUCCAAUAGGGGAGUCUACAGUUGUAUGGUCGAUGAGGGAUGUUAGUUGAGAAGAGACUAACAGGAGAGCAAAAAAAUGGAAUGUAUUUACUGUAUUUAGGGAGUGGAAGCACCAAGGGGACUUAAAAGGAAUAGGGUAGUGAUAUGGAAAAUCCCCUACAAAGUUAAAGGACCACUAUAGUGCCAGGAAAACAUACUCGUUUUCCUGGCACUAUAGUGCCCUGAGGGUGCCCCCACCCUCAGGGACCCCCUCCCGCCCGGCUCUGGAAGGGGAAAGGGGUAAAACUUACCUUUUUCCAGCGCUGGGCGGAGAGCUCUCCUCCUCCUCUCCGCCUCCGAUCCCGCCGGCUGAAUGCGCACGCGCGGCAAGAGCUGCGCGCGCAUUCAGCCCGUCGCAUAGGAAAGCAUUUACAAUGCUUUCCUAUGGACGCGCGUGCUCUCACUGUGAAAAUCACAGUGAGAAGCACGCAAGCGCCUCUAGUGGCUGUCAAUGAGACAGCCACUAGAGGAUUAGGGGGAAGGCUUAACCCAUUCAUAAUUAUAGCAGUUUCUCUGAAACUGCUAUAAUUAUGAAAAAAUGGGUUAAGCCUAGAAGGACCUGGCACCCAGACCACUUCAUUAAGCUGAAGUGGUCUGGGUGCCUAGAGUGGUCCUUUAAAGCCUGUAAAAGGCUUAGUAGAAUAGAACUUAACCUUUAAUAUAUGCGUUAAAUACAGUAUCCUUGUCCUAAUCACCAAAAAAGAAAACAAAACUAUAUACCUAAUAAGAACAAGUAGAGAACAAGUGUAGAUACAGUAAGAGCCUGAAAUGGGGUAUAAUUAACUAAACAGUGCCUUUGUUGCAAUAUAAAAUCGCUCAAGAUAACAAGGAUGUUAGUUAUCCCUCGAGAGUCAGACUGUAUCACGAUAACACAUUUAAACCACUUGGUCUCUACGAUAAGGACAAUCCUCUGGAUGGACAUUAACCUGUGAGCAUUUGCGGCUACAAUCUAGUGCAAAUACCAUGUGCCCAAACUACCUAGUGGUGGGAGAUAGGUUAAGUUAUCUCAAAUCAUAUGCUACCGGAACAUUGUGACAAAGUGUGUAGCAAUAGUGUAUAAGACUGAGGCUGGCCUGGGUAUAUGUGAUAACAUACAAUAUAGGGAUGUACAUGGGCAAAAAAAUUUGAUUUGGUUUGGAAAUUUGGGUAAGAAAACAAAUUCAGCAAUUUGGCAAUUUGGUUCGGUUCGGCACUGCCGAAAUUCAGGACUUUGGCAAUUCUGAACUUUAGCAAUUCGGGACUUCAGGAAUUCAGUACUUUGGCAAUUCAAGACUUCGGAAUUCGGAUUAUCUGUAGGGCUUCCUAACCCUAAACAUAUCCCUAACACUUCCCCUAACCCUACCCCUGUCAUCAUUCACAUAAUUUUCCCUCCCUCUCUUGUUUUGCCACUUUUCAGAAAUCCAAAGCACUUUGGCACUUCCGAAAUUCGUCACUUUGGCAAUUCGGUUCGGCACUUCUGAAAUUCAGCACUUCAACAUUUCGGAAAUACAGCAAUUCACCACUUCAGCACCUCGGACAUUUGGAAGCAUCUGAAUGUGCAAAUUGCCCAAAAUUCGUCUGAAUUCACAUUCGGAACGAAACAAAUUGCACAUGUCUAAUAAUAUAGGUUCACUCUAAUAAAAGGGAUUGCCUAUAAUAGGACUGUUCAUUCAAGGACACCCCUUAACCCAAAAAGCCUAAGCCCCUAUGUGUUUGUAGAAGAAUACCUCCCCCCUACCUUUCCUUGUAUAGUCCUAAGAGGAAAGAUUGCUCAUAAAAAAGCCCUGAACUUUCUGAUGAUCUGAAUUGUUUGCCUUCACUCAAGGAUAAAAUAAGGCUCACUCCUGAUAAAGUGGCUGGGAAUAGUGCAUGUCAGAAUCCCUGAUGCGUGUUUCACCACUCUGGCUCAUCAGAGAGGAAACGGACCUGCCGACAGUGUCUGGUUUAAAAAGAUGUAGAAGUAGUCUAUCAUUGGCCCAUUUGGUAAUGCACAGCACCAAUCAAGUGUGUCUAAGUCUACCUUGAUUGGGUAGUAUCUAAAUUGAGAGAAUAACUAUUAAUCUUUGAAUGUACAGUGAUUUAGGAACCUCAAGGGUUCAAUGUUUUAACACUAGAGUGUGCAAAUAUUCGGCUUUCACUCAUAGACGAUAAUAAUCAUCCCAAGCAAGUGUAUAUACUGACACAUUAUGUCCCAAUUUGAAAGAAUUACAGUAACGCAUUGUCCAAAAUGUAUCCACCUGUAGCUGAAACAAAUUUUGGUAUUUCUAUUGCGGAAUACUGAUACAGGAUUACACAGACAAGAAUCUUGUUGGUUAUCAAAAUUUAUAUUUAUAUAAUUAGCAAAUAGUUGCAGAAUUUACAGAAGUUUAGAACUUUGGAAUUAUUUACAAUGACAAAGUGUGCUCUAAGGAAAAUUAAACCUUAAUAUGAAUGGUUUUAUAUGUUACAGCCUAUUAAUAAGAGUAUAUUGUUGAUACCUCUGCAACAGGAGACUUUAGUUUAGUUUCUAAAACUCCUGUUGUGGAGAGGUUAUAGAUUUUGUAUUUGAACUAAAUACAUAGCAUAUAAAUAAUGAGUGAAAUUUGAUCGUCCCACACCACCUGAUCUCUAUGGUACGCAUAACAUAUUUCUGCAUAUUCUUGGCCAUCGUACAUUCCAUAUAAAUAUAUUUACUACUGCUUGGAGUGUUUUAAGGUCAGAUCUGCAGACUGGUAUUGGCAAUGUUUGAAAGAUAUAUUAAAAUCUAGGGACUAGGAUCAUCUAAAUGCAGGUGAUGCAACCCAACCAAGAGAUACACAGGUCCCUCCACUUGUUUAGAUUUGUGUAUGCUUUAUAUAGUAAACUGGUCACCAGUUUAUCAUGUAAUGGAGGGGAUUCAUUCUCCAGGUCCAGGGGCAUUCAUUUCAGGGAUUGUAUGGAUAAUUGAAAUGUCUGAGUGAUUCAACCAAGAGAUUGUUUGAUCCAUGUAAUUAGGGUCAGGUGAGAUUAAAAAUAACCUAUUCGGGAAUACAAUCUGUGGGUGAGAGUGAAAAGUGCUAUUCCAAGUAGAUGGAUUAUGGACAGGAAUUGAGAGAAUAAUAGGUCACCCUGUGAUUACCAUGGUCUCUCACUUUCCAAAUUGCUCCUGUCUAAGACAGAAGAGUGUACUGCGUCAGUCACUACCUAAUAUAGUGUGAUUAACUAAUAGAGAGGUUAAGUGAGUGGAUACAGAGCCCCUGAAUGCAUGGUCAGGUGUAGCAGGUGCAGAUAAGGAGCAAAAGGCAUAUUUGGUCUGUCCUAUGUUACCAAUUAUAGUGAUAUAUUGCCCACGAUGGUCUGUUAUAGCAGAAAUAUUAAUUAAGGGGCAGGAUAUUUUCAUGAGAAUUGCUUCACCUUGGAUUUAGUGUCUGGUGAGUUUGACGAUAAGCUGUAUUUAUAGUAUCUAUUUGUUAGUGGGAAAUGCCUGGAUAUUGUAAAGUGAGUUCCUUGAAUUAAUACUAUGUCUGCUUGCGUCCUGUGAACCCAAAGGAGAAGAGAGAGGUUUUUAUUGGGAGAAUUAAGCCCCUUUGCUUUGAUAGAGAAACAUUUCUGAUGAAGUAACAUCUAGAGGAGAUGAGAAGGUGUUUGUCAGAGAAGCACAUUGAGGUGCCCUCAGGAACCAAUGUGCAUGUGAGUGUGUGUUUAUAGCAGAGGUCAUCGAGACCGUUUGAUGGCACCCUACCGUCAACCAUGUGACUAUAAAUAGGCUGGUAAAUCUCUCCAACAAUUCCUGGCUUACAGCCUUUCCAUUUAAUAUUAUAAUUAUUAUGAUGUUAUUAUUUAUAUAGCGCCAACAGAUUCCGCAACGCUUUACAGAGAGUGGACGAAAAACAUGUAGUUGUAACCAGACAAUUUGGACACACAGGAACAAAGGGGUUGAGGGCCCUACUCCAUGAGCUUACAUGCUGUAGGGAAUGGGGUAAAGUGACACAAAAGGUAAUGAUAAUAUUAGACUAAUGACAUUUGUGGUAGGUAUGAUGAAAAUAGGUUUUCUGUGUAUUUUAUUAUGUUUACCAUACAUUAUGAGUUUCAAGAGAAGCCAGCUGGUCAGAUAAUGGAACGCCCACAGAUUUUCCAUUUCAAACACCACAUGUGGCAAUAUACUUCAUACCAGAUCACAGUAUUUAGUCUGAAUAAUUAGAAACUAAGUGAUGAAACUCAAAAAAAUGAUUUUGUGGAUAUCCAAACCUGCGACGUCUAAUUCAAGCAGCUUGCUAUUGAUGUAUUUUGAUGUUUGUGUCCUUAAGAAAACCUGCUAUAUGUUUCAGAUUAAAGGUGGCACCAUUGACCCUUCAAAUACAUAUAAAUCGAACAAAUUCUCACAUACUUAAAUUCAAACGUAUUGAAUGUGUAAUGGAGUGUAUAUUCUGUUUUGAUUAAUCCUCUUUUCUCAACACUUUACAGUUAAGUAGUUUUGAAACAUGAAUGCACUGCUGUUUCAAGAUUUAUUACAUCAAAGUAAAAUUCUUUGGUUGCUCAUUUCUAUCAUAAACAAAUUGCUAUACCUUCCUAUGGUGUAAAAGGCAUGUUAAACAAAUGAUUAAACUACUACAUAGAAUUAUCUUUUAAUAUUUCAGAAAGUAAACAGUGUUAUUUUUCAUCAAAAGAGGAAGGCAACAACACAUUUCUAUCAUUUCUUAUCUAAUGUUGCACAUGUGAUAGGCAUAAGGCUAUCCUAGAUAUAUUUAAUUCCCCUACUUUAACCCUUUGUGUCACUAUACCCCACUCCCUCUAGCAUGUAAGCUCAUCGAGCAGGGCCCUCAACCCCCUCUGUUCCUGUACGUCAGUGGUCUGAUCUCAAUUAUGCGUCUGUUAGUCCACCCAUUGUACAGCGCUACGGAAUUUGUUGGCGCUAUAUAAAUAAUAAAAUAAUAAUAAUAAUAAUAAUAAUAUAACAUAAGGCCAGGGACUAAUGAAAGUAUUUAGAAUAUUGGGCAGACUAGAUGGGCCAAAUGGUUCUUAUCUGCCGUCACAUUCUAUGUUUCUAAAAAGAGUGGGAUUAUGGGGGAGAUUCAUCAAGGCAAUGCAACUGCUAUUCCUGGCUCAGAGUGCUAAAUGCCAAUUGCCUUGAUCAAUGUCUCAAUAUAUGAUAUGAGUGCAUCAAUGUAUUGUAUGGAAAGUGUAUAUUCAAUACAUUUCCUUCUAUAUAUUACAAUGCUGAGAAUAUAUGUAUUCUACAAAGUAACAACGUUCCCUAAGGGAGCAAUGUUUCAUACCAGAGGAAGAUUUAGCUAUUGGACAUUCAUUUUUUGGAUUGUGAUGGAUGUCAGACGACCCCUGGCGGCAAAUUGAGAAACAGGCUUCUAACCAUGCACAAGCAGCUAGAUGGUAUUUCCAACAGCACAUUGAGGGAAUACUACAGCCAUCAAAAGUCACAAGAACUACAACUGUAAAAACUGAAUUUCUCUCCAAUUGCUUCACCUGACUCAACAGCAGCUGAUCCAACACCACGUGUAUCCUCAGUGCUUAACCUCAAAUAGCCUCCUUCUACAAUACUUGGCUCUACACAAUUAGCUAUAGAAUAUUUCCUUGACCAAUGAUAAAGAAACCAUGGGAGGAUGAGGUGGACACAUCUAGGAGGGAGAAGAGAAAAGCAUGAUUCCCCAGUCACAGUGGCGUGGCGUUGGUUGCCAGAGCCCACCUUGGGCAAGGGAAAUAUUGUACCCCUAACUCAUGGACCAUUAGCACUCCCCGAAUGCUUUAAUUGGUCCUAGAUAGCCUCACUCCUCCUUUCCUACAUACCUCACCUCUGCACUGUGUGUGACAUUGAUAUUUACGUUGCAUAAUUUUUAAAAUCCACCUCAUGCCUAAAGUAAUUUGUAUAGUGUAUACACAUUACUUUAGGCGUGAGGUGGUUUAUAUAAAUUACACAAUGCAACUAUCAGUGUCACACACAUCGCGGGAGAGGAGUCGGGCAGAGAAGGAACAACAUUCAGAUCCGUGGGCUCCCCGAGUCUAUGCCCAUUACCGGCAUAUGAUAUCAUAAUACCUAAUUAAUAGACUAACAGUAUCUUCAAAUGGGAAAUCACAGUAUUAUCAGGCAGUAUGUAAUUCACAGAUAACAUUAGGGCAGUAUGGCUGUAAUUAGCAAGAAAAAUAUGGUCAAAUGUUACAUGGCAAUGUUUAUUUGCCUCGUCAUGUUGAAAAACAUUAUAGAGGUUUUCUGUGUGAGUGGGAGGGCAUGCUUUUUUUGUGAAAUCUUCUAAUGCUGGUCUCAAUUUAAUAUUUUUGGAUAAACUUUUUAAAUGAUCACAAUCGGUUAGAAGAAAAAUGUUUUAAAUGGUUUAUCAAAACUUUUUUGCAUGAUGAAUUCUGUAGGCAAAUAAUUUGAAACAAAUUUUGAUAAUUUAAAAAGGCUGUGCUAUCUAUGGCCUUGAUUUAAUAUUAUCAGUAAAACCCAGUCGAACAUUGACUGAUUUUGUCUAAUAUGUUUAACAAAUUGUAACAACAUUUUCUGCCAGAUGAAAUUCUAGCAGCCAAGCCUAAUAAAUGGUUCAGCUAUUCGAGAAAAAAUACUAUGAUAAAUGUGCUUCUGAAGCACAUAAUUUUUUUUGUUUUAUUUUUUAUGACUAACUCUUUAGUCAUGAAAAAAUAAAAAAAAAUAAAAGCCUAAGUGGUCAAAAUGACCCCUAUAAUAGUACAAGGGAGGUUCGGUGGGUGCAUGUCCAGCAAGCAACAAGUGGAUUGUGUCUGAAUUUUAAUUUUAAUAGCAAUGGGACUUAAGGGAUUUUUAUUUGGCCUUUUUGUGGAGAUGAAAAAGAGUGCCUGACACAUGAUGCAGACGAGACAUGGAAUACAAGAUGGAUACAGUUACUGUCAGGACCAACGCGCAAAACCAAGUAAUCCAGGCGUUAAAACAAUAACUCCAACUAUUGGAAGAGGCACAAGAGGAUCUAAACAAUAGAACACAAAAGGAAAAACAUUUAGAUCCCGGGGGCUCCCCGAGUCUGUGUCACUAGACAUCCUCUCAUCCAAACUGCAGGAAACUUUUUGUGGCUUGUUACCUGACACACUGCUUGCAGAGCUUUUAAUUGACUGGGCGCAUAGAGCACAUUGCAAUCCAACAGUGUCCACCUCACAGCCAUGGGAUGUCCUAGUCCGGCUUCAUUACUUUCAUGUGAAUGAAGCUCUAAUGAGAGCGGCUAGAGACUCACUGAUCCAAGUAGAUUGGCAUCCCAUCUAGUUCUGUAACAAUCUGGCACUCAGCACAUUACACAAACAUAAGGAGCUGCAACAGCUAACUCAGUUCCUUACACAACACGGACUACACUAUUCAUAGGGACACCCAAAUUGUCAGUGUGCCAAAAACAAACAAAUGUUUACCCUAUAAAGGGUAUCUGAAAUACAAUGUUUUGCUGAACAGCUGGUUUUCUGGCACUAGACAUAACCAUUAAUCAUCCCCCUCAGAGGCCACCUGGAUUCACCACAAACAUUUCUGGAGGGCCUUUGAGAUCUUGCCAGGACGGAAAGUCAGGACCAAAAGUGAUCUCCCAACUUUUAGUCCUGACUUUCCUUCCUGGCAAGAUCUCAAAGGCCCUCCAGAAAUGCUGUGAUGAAUCCAGCAGUAGAAGGCUGAUUUCACACACGGAUUAUAGUAGAUGACCUGCAGAGAUCCAGACUGCGAGACAACUCAGUCGCCACUGAAACCUUUUCACGAACAGUGUCCACUCUACAAACAUACUUCUGAAACACUCACAUGGACUUGCCAUUUUAUCCCAAGCUCCCUUAAUACUAGCUAUGGCUAUAGCUAGUACUGUACUGUUAAAGUGUUUUUUUUUUUUAUGAUCACCUGUAUUAUUAAUUUUUUAUUGUUUAAAUAAAUAAAUUCCUGGUCAAUUUACUCUACACUGAAAACAUGCCUUGCAUUGAACCUUAUUUUUGAGGAACAAUAACAUUUAUGUGUCAUUGAGGCAAUCAAGCAGACCAGGAGCAGCAUAUUAUAUUACUCUGGUAAGUUAGGCAGUAAAACAGGCUGUUCCUCAGGGCUAGAGCAUUGUUGAUCCUAUGGGAUUGCCAUAGGGGUGUACCCUUGAUUGAAUUUAGAUUUUUGUUCCUACCUCCUUCCCCUCCCUGCCCUUGCCCUCUUGCUCCCUACCCACCUUUUUUUCUUUCUCUCUGUCUUGUUCGUUGUUGCUCCUUCAGGAUGUACCUUCCCUGGAUGCCGGGGGGACAUCUUUUGUGGGGAGGAAGUGACACUGGGAACUGGGCUGGGAUUUGGGCCUUUAAACUGCAAAAUACCUUAUAUAGUCAGCAGUUAUCUUAAUAGAGUGCCUCUAGUGUCAGUCAUGCAGACAGCCACUUGAGGUACUUCCAACUUGCUAGGCGACUUUAGGACGUCCUCAUGCUCUGCAUCCAUCAUCAGAGAAACCCCAUGGGAAAGCAUUGCUGCAAUAAUUUCCUAUGGGAGGGCCUAAUGCGCUUGUGGUGUUUGACGGGCAUGCGCGUUAGUCUCCUGUCGUGGGUUGAGCACUGACCCAGUGCCAUGGGACAUCGAAGCUGGAAUUGGGUAAGUACAGUAAGGAUUUUUUUUAACUCUUACAGUGCUUAUAUUUCGGUGAGUGGGGGGUGGGGGGAGGAGCUUGAAGGGCAGAGGGAAGUAUUGUGUAAAGAAUUAAAGAAUACAGCUUUGUAUUCCUUACACUGUAGUAUCCUUUUAAGGAACUCCACAUUGCAUUUCUUUAUGGACAAUACAAUAUAGAUGAUAUCAGCAAUCAGACAGUACAGAGUUGAAUACAUGUGCCCAUUAAAUUAUUAUAUACAGGACAACUUGCUGAGCAUGUUCAUUGUCUAAUUAAGAUUAACCCAUAUGAGCUAUAUUUCAAGUAUAUUUCAAUUCUCUACAGAGUUUGUGGCUAAUGCUACAUACAUAUCAGUUUGAAUAGUAAGGAUUAUGACAUGUUUAUGUUUAUUCUGUAAAAGUUUAAACAUAUCAGGUAAAAAACAAAACAAAAACAAAAGGGUGUCAAUAUACUGUUGCGCACACCGAUCUAAACAAAAUCUAUUUCUGUGAAUCAUGUGGAUCUUUUUGCAUAGGUUUAGCUAAUGGUAUGCUCUAAUUUAUGCAUGGAUACAUUUUCAUUUCCAAAGCAAUGCAGUCUUUGUUUGGUUGUGUGUGAUGAACUAUGCAGGAAGAGUAUUGUAUGAAUUAAUUAGAAUUGUACUAACCCUGCAAGAGUUUCAAAUAAGUAUUCCUUGAACUGUUCAGCUAUCAUGUAAAAAUAUAUAAAUCAAUUGAAAGACUUUUUGUUUGUUUUUUUGUUAUUCAGACUUUAUCUGUGGGAAACACGAUAACAAUAUUAAUUAUGUAUUGUAGCCUGUUAUGUAAAAGUUGUGGAUGUUCCACUCAUGAAUUUAUUUUUUAUAUAUUACUUAACUAAAAAUCAGUAACUAUUGUAUUGUAUAAUAACAUAUAUUCCCUAGAUAUAUUUAAGAGGAGACAUAUUUCACUAUAUACUUCCUGAUGAAACACCUCUUUUAGUAAAACAUUUUCUUAUUUUCAUGUUAUUUUAGCUAUAGACUUUUUUUUACAAAAUAUAGUUGGUACAUUUUUCUAGAAAAUUAGUAAUGACAUGAUCUUAUUGCUACGUGGCCAUUCUUCAGCCAGCCCCACACAAAGGCUACAUGAAUAAUUUUACAAUUUUAUAAGAAGAAGCACACCGGAGAUUGCCGAGCAGAAAACUCUCUCUGAAUUUCAACACAUAUGAAAAGAUUUUAGUAUUUGUGAAGAUAGGCUGCCUCACCCAAUAAUUAUUGGAAUAAUACAAAUUUAAAAAUAAUUAAAAUAAAACAGUGGUGCAAUCUCUGUAUAGGUUAGUGUUGAUAUCCAAUGAAUAUUUAUGUACAAUAUUCUCUUACAAGAAUUUCAACCGAAGUGUUCAAGAAUUUUUGUCAAGAAUUUCCAAUGGAUUAUUCAUGAUACAAUUAUACAAGGAUAGUAACGCUACAUGUGUUCUAUAUUGAGCACAGAGUUGCUCAAUCAAAUGUGAGUAAUAUAUUCAAAAAAUAAAGAGGACACAAAAAUAACAUCCUAGAUCUGAAUUAAUUAAAUAUUCUUCUGAAAUACUUUGUUCUUUACAUAGUUCAAUGUACUGACAACAAAAUCACACAAAAAUUAAAAUCAAAUUUUUCAACUCACGGAGGUCUGGAUUUGGAAACACACUACAGGCUGAUCCAACUUUGAUGUAAUGUCCUUAAAACAAGUCAAAAUGAGGUUCAGUAGUGUGUGUGGCCUCCACGUGCCUGUAUGACCUCCCUACAACGACUGUGCAUGCUCCUGAUGAGGUGGCGGAUGGUCUCCUGAGUGAUCUCCUCCCAGACCUGGACUAAAGCAUCUGCCAACUCCUGGACAGUCUGUGGUGCAACGUGACAUUGGUGGAUGGAGCAAGACAUGAUGUCCCAGAUGUGCUCAAUUGGAUUCAGGUCUGGGGAACGGGCGGGCCAGUCCGUAGCAUCAAUGCCUUCGUCUUGCAGGAACUGCUGACACACUCCAGCCACAUGAGGUCUAGCAUUGUCUUGCAUUAGGAGGAAUCCAGGGCCAACCGCACCAGCAUAUGCUCUCACAAGGGGUCUGAGGAUCUCAUCUCGGUAACUAAUGGCAGUCCGGCUAUCUCUGGCGAGCACAUGGACGGCUGUGUGGCCCCCCAAAGAAAUGCCACCCCACACCAUUACUGACCCACUGCCAAACCGGUCAUGCUGGAGGAUGUUGCAGGCAGUAGAACGUUCUCCACGGCAUCUCCAGACUCUGUCACGUCUCUCACAUGUGCUCAGUGUGAACCUGCUUUCAUCUGUGAAAAGCACAGGGCGCCAGUGGCGAAUUUGCCAAUCUUGGUGUUCUCUGGCAACUGCCAAACGUCCUGCACUGUGUUGGGCUGUAAGCACAACCCCCACCUGUGGACGUCGGGCCCUCAUACCACACUCACGGAGUCUGUUUCUGACAGUUUGAGCAGACACAUGCACAUUUGUGGCCUGCUAGAGGUCAUUUUUCAGGGCUCUGGCAGUGCUCCUCCUGUUCCUCAUUGCACAAAGGCAGAGGUAGCGGUCCUGCUGCAAUCAUUUCUCCUGAUGUACUGGCCUGUCUCCUGGUAGCGCCUCUAUGCUCUGGACACUACGCUGACAGACACAGCAAACCUUCUUGCCACAGCUCGCAUUGAUGUGCCAUCCUGGAUGAGCUGCACUACCUGAGCCAAUUGUGUGGGUUGUAGACUCCGUCUCAUGCUACCACUAGAGUGAAAGCACUGCCAGCAUUCAAAAGUGACCAAAACAUCAGCCAGGAAGCAUAGGAACUGAGAAGUGGUCUGUGGUCACAACCUGCAGAACCACUCCUUUAUUGGGGGUUUCUUGCUAAUUGCCUAUAAUUUCCACCUGUUGUCUAUCCCAUUUGCACAACAGCAUGUGAAAUUGAUUGUUACUCAGUGUUACUUCCUUUUGAAUUUCACAGAAGUGUGAUUGACUUGGAGUUACAUUGUGUUAAGUGUUCCCUUUAUUUUUUUGAGCAGUGUAUAUGUGGCUUUUACAAUUUUGUAUUUCAUAUUCUGCAAAUGAAAUACCUACAGGUAAGCCAUAUCACAAAACUUGUUUUCUAUUAUAUUGUAUUAGUACGAUUACUUGUUGUUGUUUUUUGAAUAGUGACCCAAUAUGACUGAGCUAGCUUCAAUUCUACUUUUCAUCUGAAAAGCAACUAUCAACUCUGUACUGCUUCUAUUGCUGUUGGGAAUGUCCCUGCUAUUUUUCUUUUUCAAAUGAAAAAAAAUGAAUGAGUGCAGUUACCUUCUUCCAUAUAGUGUAAUAAUUAAAUUCUUCCUCUCCCCAAUGAAGUUUGAAAUAAUACAGAGUGUAAUGACCUCACAAUUCUGUGAACCAUCAUUGGUCAAUACAAAUUAAUUUUCAAACAAACAAUAGCAAGCUGUGUGACCAAAGAUUCUGUUCACUGCCCGUUCCUUCAAAAAAAUAUGUAUUAAGCGAUAAUCUUCUAAUGGAAAUUACAUUAGCCAUACAGUAAAAAGCUCCCUCCUGCAGGGCUGAUCUUGGUAUUAUCCUCAUUUUGUGUUUUACAACACUUUAUCAAGUUCACCAAAAUCAAUGAAAAUCCCCAUUCCGCAUAUAGUGUGAUAAAUGAAAAGCAACCUAGCACCAGGGAGAUUACAUGUCAUUAACCACUCUGAUUCAAUAUCUUCAAAGGGAAGCUAUAGGCUUGGAAUACAAAAUUGUAUUCCUAGCACUAUAGUACUUGAGUGUUCCCCUCAGCGUUGAAACCCUUAACUCCUUAAGGACCGGGGACAUACUAGGUAUGUCCGAGAAAAAAACCUGUCCUUAAGGACCUUAUUCCUAAUUACUUACCCAAUUGCUGCCGUUCUCCUGCUGGCGAUCAGUGUUGCUUCCAGUCUGGUGCGAUUGCCUGACAGCCCAGACAGUCCCCCCUCGGGAAAUAAGGCCCUGAAAGAGCAGUCACACGGCCACAAUAGGCGUCCAUAGUGCUGCCUGCAGGGGGACUGGCUUAACUUACAGGCAGUCUCCCUGCAUCUAUAAAAUAAAAAAUAAAAAAAUGUUAUUAAAUUAAAAUAUAAUUAUAUAUGUGUAUAUAUAUUUAUACACAUAUAUUAUCUCUGCAUAAUAUAUAUCUAUAUAUACAUAAGAUAUAUAGAUAUAUAUUAUACAGAGAUAAUAUAUGUGUAUAUACAUAUAUAUAAUUAUAUUUUGAUUUAAUAACAGUUUUAUUUUUUAUUUUACAGAUGCAGGGAGACUGACUGUCAGUUUAGGCAGUCCCCCUGCAGGCAGCACUAUGGACGCCUAUUGCGGCCAUGUGACCGCUCUUUCAGAGCGAUCACAUGGGCAGCCAGGGCCUAAUUUCCUGAAAGGGGAAUGUCUGGGCUAUUCAUACUAAGUGUAUUUUUAUACUAAAGAAAAAGAACAAGUAAAAUUGGCGCUAAACACACGUCUAAAUUCGUGAACAUAUAUAUAAAAACCUUAAUACCUUAGAAGCAGCUCCCUUAUAAAGUGCAAUAGCUCUUAAAACACUUAAAAUACAAUAUUGCAAUAUUCCUUUAAAAGCACUCUGGUGCUUAUACCAGUUAACAACCUCUAUCAUAUAAGUGUUGUGUUGAUAUUACAUACACUGGUGUAGGUACAAAAAAAGUGCAACAGUGCAAAUGCCACUAGUAUACCAGUGCUAUAGUGAAAAAAAAGGAUACAAUAAACGGAGCACUUACAAUGCCAAGCUGUAUAUACCAUAGAUCAAGUUGCUCCGAAUUAUAUUUGCAUGUGUAUGGAAAACAAAAAGAAAUACAUAGUGUAAUACAGUAUUAAAAAAAUAUAAUAUGGUAACACUAUAUGUGAUUACACUCACAAGUGGAGAGCAGAUGAGUCUGCUCUAACUGUAUCCGCUUUAUACAUGCAUUAUGCCAAGGAUCACAAGACGGCAGCAAGUCAGAAAAGAAUCUUUAAUUUUGGCAAAUCUUCACAAUUUAAAAAAAUCAUCAAAGUGGUGUCACCUAGCUCCCUCAGUGCUUCUAUGGAACGUAGUCCGUUCGGUAAGGCUGCCGGCUAGCACAAUACCGCAAACACUUCCUAGAGGCGGAGCCUGAUGACGUUACCACUGGACGUACACGACGACACGUUUCGCCACAGAAUCGGCUUCUUCAGACACAGCGCACCCUUUUUUGUAUAAGUGUAUUUUUAUAUUAAUAUUUACAUAUAUUAAUAUAAAAAUACACUUAUAAUUUAAUGACAUAUGUAUAUAAAUAUAUCAUUUAUAACUACUAUAUAUAUUGUAUAUAUAUUAUUAAACUAUAUAAAUAAGUAAAUAGGAAUAAAUACAAAAAUGUAAAAAUAAAAAGUUUUUAAAAAAAAUGUAUAUAUAUAUAUAUAAUUUUAUUCUAACUGUAUUUUGAUAUUAAUAUAAAUUUAUAUAUAUUUAUAUCAAAAUACACUUUGAAUAAAAUUAUAUAUAUAUAUAUAUAUAUAUAUAUAUAUAUAUAUAUAUACAUAUACACAUAUACAUACAUAUAUAUAUAUACAUAUACACAUAUAUAUAUAUAUAUAUAUAUAUACAUACAUAUAUAUAUAUACACAUAUAUAUAUAUAUAUAUAUAUAUAUACACAUAUAUAUAUAUAUAUAUAUAUAUAUCCAUAUACAUAAUAACAUAAAUAAUUUCAUAAAUAUACUAAAUGUACACGUAGACUUCAAAUAUAUAAAUAUGUAUAUGUAUAUUUAAAUUCUAUGUGCAUAUUUAUGUAAUUUUAUAAAUUACAAUUUGAGGGACCUGCCUGACAACCCAGGCCGAAAGUCCAGAGAAUUUAAUUUGCUAGCACUGUAUUAAACCCUGUAACUUUCCAUGACACCCUAAAACCUGUACAUGGGGGGGGUACUGUUUUACUCAGAAGACUUUGCUGAACACAAAUAUUAGUGUUUCAAAACAGUAAAACAUAUCACAGAGAUGAUAUUGUCAGUGAAAGUGACGUUUUUUGCAUUUAUCACACACAAACGUCAUUUUUACUGAUGAUAUCAUUGUUGUGAUACAUUUUACUGUUUUGAAACACUAAUACUUGUGUUCAGCGAAGUUUUCCGAGUAUAACAGUAUCCCCCCGUGUACAGGUUUUAUAGUGUUUUUGAAAGUUACAGGGUCAAAUAAAAGGCUUGAUUUUCAUUUUUUUCACAUUAAAAUUUGGCAGAUUGGUUAUGUUGCCUUUGAGAGCGUAUGGUAGCCCAAGAAUGAGAAUCACCCCCCAUGAUGGCAUACCAUUUGCAAAAGAAUACAACCCAAGGUAUUGCAAAUGGGGUAUGUUCAGUCUUUUUUAGUAGCCACUUAGUCACAAACACUGGCCAAAGUUUGUUUUCAUAAUUGUUUUUUGCAUUUUUAACACACAAACAAAUAUAAAUGCUAACUUUGACCAGUGUUUGUGACUAAGCGGCUACUAAAAAAGACUGCACAUACCCUAUAUUGAAUACCCUGGGUUGUCUACUUUAAAAAACAUAUGUACAUAUGAGUUGUUCAGAGAUUUAUGACAGAUACCAGUGUUAGAAUAUCACUAUUGAUACAUUUUAAAAAUAAAUAUUUUGAAACAACAAUGUCCUACUUGUACUUAUAGCCCUAAAAUGUGCAUGAGUGUAUGUAUUGUGAUGUAUGGGCAGUUGGGCUGUGAAUGUGUGUGUGAGUGUAUGAGUGUAUGUAUUGUGAUGUAUGGGCAGUUGGGCUGUGAAUGUGUGUGUGAGUGUAUGAGUGUAUGUAUUGUGAUGUAUGGGCAGUUGGGCUGUGAAUGUGUGUGUGAGUGUAUGAGUGUAUGUAUUGUGAUGUAUGGGCAGUUGGGCUGUGAAUGUGUGUGUGAGUGUAUGAGUGUAUGUAUUGUGAUGUAUGGGCAGUUGGGCUGUGAAUGUGUGUGUGAGUGUAUGAGUGUAUGUAUUGUGAUGUAUGGGCAGUUGGGCUGUUGGUUGUGAAUGAUGCACUUCCUUUCUUUUGGUUCUUUACUUCCUGUUCCUGUUGGAUGUUGGUGGAAUGUUCGAGGGAUUUGAAAUGGCGGCUGCAGAAACCCUGUGUAACAAGGCUGCAAUCUGAAGAUGCUGUUAUAUAUGUAUUAAUAAAGUGAGUACUUCAUUAUACAGGAAUUAUUGACUGAUUUGUGCAAAACAUCACAAUGUUAACAUUAGGUAUUUCUAAACUCAGGACAAAAUUUUGAAACUAUUUACGGGUGUUUUUUGGAGGUUGUAGAUGCGUAACAGAUUUUGGGGGUCAAAGUUAGGAAAAUAGUUUUUUAAAAAAAUUUUCAGCAUAUUUUAUAAUUAAAAAAAAAAGUAAAUUAUAUGAUAUGAUGAAAAUAAUUGUAUCUUUAGAAAUACCAUUUAAUGACGAGAACAACUGUAUAUAAUAUGUGUGGGUACUGUAAAUGAGUAGGAGGAAAAUUACAGCUAAGCACAAACGCAGACGAAAUGUAAAAACAGUCUGGUCACUAAGGGGUUAAUUCACUUACCUGAUUCCAGCGUUGAUGUCUCUCGGCGCUGGGUCAGGCUCCACCUUUGCUCCUCCUCCUCCGAUGUCGGCCGACGUCAGGUAUCUAACGCUCAUGCGCAGCGGGCACUGCAAUUACAUUAGGACAACCCCAUAGGAAAAUAUUGAAUUCAUGUUUUCCUGUGGAGUUAUAGCGGACACUAGAUGUCCUCAUGCAUAGCGUGGGGACGUCCAGCGUCUGUCAAGUGACCAAAAGUCGACUAGCAACUGAGGAAGCGCAUCUAGUGGCUGGUAGACAUAAACUACAGGAGGAAUUAACCCUGCAAUUUAAUUAUUGCAGUUUCUCAAUAACUGCAAUAAUAACAAUUGCAAUGUUAAAUGAAGUGGUCUGGGUGCCAGGUCCAGCUAGGGUUAACCCAUUUUUUUUAUAAACAUAGCAGUUUCAGAGAAACUGCUAUGUUUAUAAAUGGGUUAAUCCUUCCUCCAAAGCCUCUAGUGGCUGUCUCAUUGACAGCCGCUAGAGGCGCUUGCGUGAUUCUCACUGUGAAAUCACAGUGAGAGCACGCAAGAGUCCAUAGGAAAGCAUUGUAAAUGCUUUCCUAUGCGACCGGCUGAAUGCACGCGCAGCUCUUGCCGCGUGUGCGCAUUCAGCCAAAUGGGCGGAGAGGAGGAGGAUCGGAAGAGGAGAGCUCCCUGUCCAGUGCUGUAAAAAGGUAAAGUUUUUACCCCUUUCCCCUUUCCAGAGCCGGGCAGGAGGGGGUCCCUGAGGGUGGGGGAAUCCUCAGGGCACUAUAGUGGUCCUUUAAACUGCCAAGGCACUGCUAUGAGCUGAAAUGUUCUGUGUGCCUAUAGUGUUAAUUAAACACACUGUAAUGAUAUUGAUGUUACAAUGUUUUGGAGUCCAGUAGCCAGAUCAGCAAUGUUUUCUGCCAGAGGUAGCCACUCGUUACCCAGGUGGUUGAGCCCCUGAGCCUUGAGUGGCCUUCUGGUCUUAAGCAGAGAUGGGAGACUGGAACAGAAAGAUGAUAAUCGUAGUGAGGCAAGCCGAGGUCAGUGGGAAGGAGAAGCAGCAAAGUCAAAACAGUCCAAAUUCAGCAACAGGAAGGAGAAACAGGAACACACUGGAUUAGAGAGUACAGGAACCACAAUAAUCUGGCAAAGGUACAGAGACAGGAAGUGGCUUUUAUAGGCCAAGAACCAGACACCUGACCAGACACAGCUGAAGUGAGUUGUCACUGAUAACCUUGACUCUACAAGCAAUAGUAUCAGAUCUCAGGCAAAUUUGCAAAAGGCAGGCUGGUGUACUGGUAAGGAAAAGGUUUAGCACCAUGUAAACCAGGGUUCGAAACCCAGCAGAGUCAGUUCCUCACACACACCCUAUAAGGGAAAAUGGGAAAAUCACCUACAUUUUGUGAUGUACACCUACAUGAUGGUAUAAACAGAUAAGAUGAGACAUAUAAACUGACAUAUAUACAAUAAUUAAAUUAAAUAAAAUAAAAAGCGGAAAUAAAAAAUAAAUAUGUAAACAAAGAGACAAAAAAAGGAUGUAAAUACAAAAAACCAUAAGGCAUAAGGACAUGUGUAUUUCAAAGCAAUAAGGUCAUGCUCACAAAAAAACACAAGAAUACACACUAGACACAGUAAUAUAAAAGUCAGAAAUCUUCCUCUGUAAUUUUUUAUUUUAUUUAUGUUAUACUGAGCACACGAUAUGUGAUCAAAUCCCACUAAAGUAACCAACCUCAACCCUAUGAGAUAUAAUGAAGAAAAAAAAAAACAUUGUAAUGUACCUUUUUUUUUGGAUGUCUUAGAUACCCUUUUGCAAUGUAUUUAAAUCUGAGUGUAAUAUUUUCAUGGAUCUGCAACCUCAAGAAGAUUGUUUUUUAAAGGGUUCCAUUGCAAAUCAUUACUACUUCUAAGGAAUGCUUGUUUUUUUCAGUAGAAAAAAACCUUUAAAUUUGUAGCAAAUAUCAAAUUUAGGCAAAUUAAUCAUCUAUGUAGCCCAUCAAACAUUUUGUUUCUGUUUAAAAAAAAACCUGUUCUAACAUUUGGUAAGAAAGUGCCUUUUCCUAUUGAGAACUCUUUAUUCUUGAGAGCUAUUAUAAUAAAAAACUUUUUCUAAGUUUUGAAUGAUAACAUAGAAACAGGACACAUGACGGAAAUAUUCUGUCAUGAUUCCCUUUUAUUACAGAAUCUGUGUCCUUAAGGGGUUAACACUCCCACAAUGCAUUACUUUUGAAAUUGCAGUUAGAGACUUAAACUACAUAAUUAAUCUAGUUCACGUAGCAUUUCAUAUCUAUUGUUAAAUUGUUUUUGUGCAUUAAAUUGCUCCUCAUGUUUCACAAAUAGUAAUGUUCUAUUGUUAAAUUAUAUCUCUUAUUCUGCAAGUACUUAUUUUGUUUCAGCAUUUUUAUCUUUUAAGGAAGAGACCUUCCUUAAAAAGUAUCCUUUUAUUUUUAUGUUAAAUUUAAUUGCAUUUCCAUUACAUAGAAAUGAUGGUGUAAGUAGACAGCGGCUUAAAACAAACUGAGCAUUAUUUAAACUCGUAAUUGUAGUGAAUGAAAAUCUGCAUGGCCCAAUUUAGGCCAAAAUAGGGUUCUGGAAAUAUUCUACAAUUCAACUGCAAUCACCACUUGGGUAUUUUAAGAUUAAUUAAAUUUCUGUAGAAAUAGGAUGCAAAAAGUACGGGUUUUAAAUUUCACAUAAAAUGCAUCCUGGAUGAAUAAGGCAGAUUAGGAUCGGUUGACCAAAUUCUGUCCAGCUUUAGUACAUACAGUGGUGAAUACACCCCUCACAUUUUGGUAAAUAUUUUAUUAUAUUGUUUCAUGUGACAACACUGAAGAAAUAACACUCUGCUACAAUAUAAAGUAGUACAUAUGCAGCCUGUAUAACAGUGUAAAUUUGCUGUCCCCUCAAAAUAACUCAACACACAGCCAUUAAUGUCUAAACCAUUGGCAACAAAAGUGAGUACACCCCUAAGUGGAGAUACGAAUUGGGCCCAAUGUAUCAAUAUUUUGAGUGGCCACCAUUACAUUUUUUAAUUUUGUACAUCUGGACAAAAUUUUUUGUUUAAUGAAUACAGCGAUGCUAUUCUUAUGUACUAUUUAUUAUUGACCUAUUGAUAUUUGUUUAUAUCUCUAUAAAUGCAGGCCCUAUGUUUUUUUUGUCAGAUCAUUUUUUAGUGUUGGUCUGUCAAAUAGAAGGAUAGGGUAGAAUCCCCAAACCUACUCUGCAGUAACUUUAGAUGACAUAAUUGAGAAGUUUCUCUGGCUAAGUUUCUGUCCCAAAUAAUUUCUGAUUCAGUUCCGUGCUUGCAAAAUGUCCAGAUCAAUGUACUUUACAUUGAAUUCUGACAUUCCAGUUAUAUUCUCUAUCAUACUCUGUAUGUUCCCAAUUAUAUCUGCACAUUUGUGGCUAAUCUCCAAAUAGCCAUAUUGCAAUUUCAGCUAAAUUUCCUAUUAUUUUUUCUGAAAUAUACAAUAGCGAGGCACAUUUGGAGCUUAUUAAAGGAUCCUCUGAUGAGUUCUAGAAGAUGUUCAUCUAUCAGUUUAAGGAAAGCAACACUUAAUUUUGUUUGAAGGUCUUUACCCUCUGGCUAACAAUCCUUCUUAUCCUCCCCCAGAUCUGUCUUCUUCCAGAUGUCCCUAAACACAUGAGUUCUGGGGCUUCAUCUAUUCAACCAAUGUGAAACUUCAGUUUGAGAUUGAUUUUUAGAAAAAAAGUAGAAAAGUUUUUAAAAUGUUAAAACAUCAGUAGGUGACAUGAUAUCACAAUUAUUAUCAAUUUUGAUAAGCAAGGAUAAAUGUGAAAGUACUUUGUUUAGUAUAAGUUAUUUUUGUGUGUGUGUUUUCAUGUAACAGUGUGGCCUUUAGCAUUAUAAUAUGAGAUGUACAUUUUAGGAAUACAAGUAAGUUUGAUAAAGGUCCUACCACUUGGUCAAAACUGAAUAAAGGGAGCUAACUCUGCUUAGUGGAAUCCUGCCAUGGGGUUAGCUCAUUGGAUGAGAGUGUUAUCUGAGCUCUCUCAGCCAAUUAGUGCCUACCUGUGUCAUUAGGUUUAGCUCACUGCUGCACAUCUGCUGUGCGCUCCUAGUAAAUGAUCAAACUAUUAGUUAGCAGUCUGACUGCCUAACCUGGGAGGCCGCAAGAGUACUUAUGGCACCAUAACCACUUACAGCAGGCUGAAGUGGUUAUGAUGCAUGGAGUGUUUCUUUUAAUCCCAUUUCUAAUUGUUUAAAUAGAAAAUAACUCACAAGGAUUAGAUGCGAUUAAGUGCUUCAAUUAAAUUGAACAGUGGAAAGGACAGCAGCUCUAAACACAAGUGAGGAAAUUCCUUAUGUCCCUCACGCUUAUUUACAGAUAGAAGGCAAUUUACAAGUGUUUAACUUGAAAAAGUGGAGUGCUGGAAAAAUACAUGCAAUGAUUUGCUUACCCUUAAUUCAAUAUAUAUUGUGACUCUUGAUAUGGUUUAACAUUAAAAAAAUAAAUAAAACAAUAAUAGUGCAGAUGGUACUGAAAAAAGUGCAAUGUGCAAACAAAAUAAUUAAAUUAACACUCACAGUAUUAAGAGCCUAAAUGUUGAGGCGCAAUGAUAACGCAGGUAGUGGCAGAUACAGAGCCUGAUCUUGGGAGGGGCACUUGUAGAUUAUUUAACUAGAUAAUGCAGGCACAAUAACCACUACAGCUCAGUGGAGUAGUUAUGGUGCCAGUAGUGCCAGGAUCCCAUCCCAGAUUAAGUAGUCAAACCAUUUAAGAACAGUUUGACAACUUACCUGGCAUCUGCUGGGAUAUAGGGCAUAAGAGCAGUGGCAUAUGUGAGGGGUGAAGUGUGUGUGAAAGGUGCAGUGUGUGUGUGAGCGCUGAAGUGUGUGUGUGAGUGCAUGAGGGCGGCAGUGUAUGCCAGGGUUGCAGUGUGUAUGUGUGUGUGAGCGCUGAAGUGUGUGUGUGAGUGCAGUGUAUGUGUGUGUGGGGCAGUGUGUGUAUGGGGGGACUGUAUGUGUGUUUGGGGCAGUGUGUGUAUUGGGGGGCACUGUGUGUGUGGGGGGCAAUGUGUGUAUGGGGGCCAUGUAUGUGUGUUUGGGGAGCACUGUAUGUGUGUUUGGGGGAACUGUGUGUAUGUAUGGGGCACUGUAUGUAUGUGGGGGAUCAUGUGUGGGGCAAUGUGUGUAUGGGUGUGCAGUGUGUGUGUAUGGGUGGCAUUAUUUGUGGGGCAGUGUAUGUAUGGGUGUGCAGUGUGUGUAUGGGUGACUGUUUGUGGGGCAGUGUGUGUAUGGGGACAGUGUUUGUGGGGCAGUGUAUGUAUUGGCGGCAGUGUGUGCGUGUGGGGCAGUCUGUGUAUGGGGGGCAGUGUAUGUAUGGGGGCAGUGUUUGUGGGGCAGUGUGUGUAUGGGUGUGCAGUGUGUGUGUGAGGCAAUGUAUGUAUGGGUGGCAGUGUUUGUGGGGUAGUGUGUGUAUGGGUGUGCCAUGUGUGUGUGUGUGAGGCAGUGUAUGUAUGGGUGGCAGUGUUUUGGGGGGAAGUGUAUGUAUGGGUGGGUGGCAGUGUGUGUGCGUGGGGCAGUGUGUGUAUGGGGCAGUGUGUGUAUGGGUGGCAGUGUCUGUGGGGCAGUGUGUGUGUGGGGCAGUGUGUGUAUGGGGGCAGUGUUUCUGGGCCAGUGUGUGUGGGGGCAGUGUGUGUGUGUGGGGGGUAGUGUGUGUGUGUGUGGGGCAGUGUGUGUGUGUGUGUGUGGGGCAGUGUUUGUGGGCCAGUGUGUGUGUGGGGCAGUGUGUGCAUGGGGAAGGAGGGUAGGGUUUUUUUUAAAUUUAAUUAAAUAAAUAAAUUUAUGUCACCCCUCCCUUCUUACCUUUAUUGAGGAGGAGGGGGACAUUGCUCGAUCCCUGGUGAUUCCCUGGUGGUUCCAGUGCUUAGAGUGAACUCUAGCAAGUAGCUCCAGGGCUAGAGUUCACUCCUGUGGGAUUUGGAGCGUUGCCGUAGUAACCGUGGCAAUGCUCUGUGCUCGCGAGAGUAGGUCCCGGAGGAGCUGCAGGCUGAGCUCCCGGUCCUCUCUCUCCCCUGCCGAUUGCCAGCACGGUGCCUGCAGUUCGGGGAGGGAGAUCUCCCCGGUCCGCAGGCACAUUGCAGGGCUGGCACAUGGACAAUGCCAGGGGAGAAUCUUGGGGGGGGGCAAUUGCCCCGUUGCCCCCCCCGAAUAUGCCACUGAACACAGGUGUGCUUUAAUAAUCAACACCCCACCCUAUUCAAAUGGAUUUCAAUCUCAAGAUAAGCAAAAACAAAUAUAGUUUAGUAUAUCCACAUAUAAAAGACCAGAAUGAAAUCAUUAAUUCAAUCAAGAAUCUUAGUAAUUUCAACACAUUGCAGGCAAUAGCAGGGAUCGGAUCAUUACUCUGGUAAUGAAGUAGUUCUUUGUGAAUCUGUUGGGAGGUUUCCCAGGUUUCUCCAAAAUAGGUACAGCACUAGAGAUCCUAUAUUACAGCAGCACUGUCGAUCCCCCUCUGAAAAAUGAGUGUUUCAUAAAGAAAGAAUUUUAUCAAUUACUCAUUUUGACAGGUGUUUGAAUGUGACUGAAAUUCCAACCCAGUCAAGAGAAACACAGAGACAAAGUAGGUGCUACUUUGUCUCUGUAUACUCCCUACCACUGACUUUCUUAGACUCCGGGUGGAGUGUAAUAGUCAAUCCCGACAGCCAUCACCAGAGACAGCUGCAGGGAAUUGGCAGUGUGUAUGGAAGAUAUCCCAAGGUCUUCCAUAGACCUCAAAGCUGUCCUCUCACGCACAGCAGCAUCAUUGAGGGACACAGCACCUAUGAGGGACAAAUUCAGGUAAGUAAUCUUACCUUUAUCUGCUCCCACCGGCCAAUGGUAAUGUCAGCGUCGGAGGUGUUUGCGAAUUCGGCAAAGUCUCCAGAUGGUGACAGUGCCACUUUAAGCUAUAAAAAGCAGGGACUACUAACUAUAGUCACAUAUCACAUGAUCUACAGACACUCAACUGGUGUAUUAUUUUUAUUACAAAGUGCAAACCCAGCAAAUUCUCAAGAUCAUCUUGAGGUUCUUCAUAUUAAAUCUUUAGUAAAAUAGAAUAAUCCGGUUAAUAACUAAAUUUCAUGAGUUUUAUUCAUUGAGCACACCUCAACAUGCAAGCUAUAUAUGCACAGUUCUGCCAUAGCUACCAUACCAUCAGAAGUUAACUCACCAUUCUCCCACCAUUACCGCUUAUCUGUCAAUAAUUAUUUUCAAAUUAUUUUAUUGUUUUUUUUGCAAUUACAAAAUAUAUAGAAUAUUUUCUACUUGAAUUAACAGGAGUUGGGUGAAUGGGAAAAUACUAUUAAAAAUAAAUAUCUUCUAAUCUUUUACCUACCUCUGUAACUAAUUCCACCCUUAGCUUAGCUUUUUCUGCAACAUUCUCAUCACUUAUGCAUUAUUUGUAAUUUUUUUUAAAAGUGAAUUAAUAUGGGUAGUGAGGCAAAAUGAUCACGUGAGUGAAUUGUGUCCCUGACUUUGACUAUGAAGCCAUGGGAGAAGACCUCUCACAGUCAUAAUAAGCCAUACCCUGCACAGCAGACCAGAUGUACAUUUCUUCAUCCGUUGCAAAUAAAAUUGAAGCUGCUUGAGCAAGCUAAUAGAAGCUCUGUUUUUUGAAGGAAGUUACCUCAGGUGUGGUGUGCAGUUGCUAUGCAUUUCUCUACAGAAACUGUACGGCUGUAUUUUUUGUUUUAGUUCAGUAAUCACUUCCUCUUAAAAUAAUACAUCUAGAAUCAUGCAAAACAAACAAACCUUUUAGAUAUUGCAUUAGAUCCAGCACCUUCGGUGCUUACAAAGUCCCCUACUCUUUGUAUACUAAGCCUACUGUUUGACCAUCAUAUAUGGAUUUUCAUUAGUAAUACACUUUUAACGUGUUUAGUUUGGGGGAGCAGGUGAUAAAGAAACUUACCUUUUGUAUCUGCUAUGGCAAGAGAAAUAAAAUAUUUGAGAACAGAACACUGAGCACGAGCCAUAACUUGUAGCUUAGCUGGGAAGGCACAUAUACAGUCACCUUUUAAAUAAUAGUUAGUCUACAUCAAGGAUUGAAACGCACAGACCUCAGAUUACCAAUUGAGAGAUUAACUCACUGCUUCCAGAAAAAUAAAAAUAAACAAAAAUUGUGAAUUACCAUCUACUAAAAAUAGGGUUUUGGCAAAAUCUUUAGUGAAAAUGAAUAGGUGAUAAAGAACAACAACAACAACAACAACAACAAAAACAACAACAAAUUAAAUUAAAAAUAAAAUAAACAUCCCCUCCUUCAUUAAUCGAACCAUUGUAACUGAAAGGCGUGUGGUGGACGAGCAUGCUGCGAUAUUGACAGAAUCAAUUUAUUUCUAAAAAAACUAAAUAGCUGGCCACAAUGUCCCCCACAGAGACUAAGGGAUAAAAAAUGCCAUCUGAAAUAACAACACAGUCCAUUCUUUACAGAUAACUUAAGAGAAACUGCAGGGUGUAUGAACCUGUCAUAGCUUCAGGAACGUGUUAUUUUGUGACUGUAACCAUUGCUGAGUUUAUGUUCAUGUCAGUGGAAGAUGUAUAAUCAUUUAUAUAGUUGUUCCAUGGGAACUUGUGCUAUAGUAGUCAGAUUCAAUAAACUAGAUUCUUAAAAUAUAUUUUUUUAAAGACGAGUCCUCUUCAACUCCUCUGGAAUCAGUCUGAAAAUUAUUUAUUGGGAAAGGUUUACUUUCUACAAACUACAAAGUAAUGAAUGUAGUGAAAUAGUGUCAUUAUUUUGCAUAAUUGGGCAAUAGUAUGAAGCUGCAAUUUAUUUACAAAGAAAAAGACUACCAACUCUUGAUAUUUAAUAACUGAAAAUUAGUUCAAGGAAAACUAUUAGAUCAAAGGAUUUUUAAUAUAAUGUUUGCUUAUCCCUAUAUUUAACAAAUAUGUAUUUGUGAAGAAAAAUAGCAUUAAGUGCAGAAAUCAACGUCUUUUCUGCAGCUGUGAGCCUCCAUCUUACCAACCUGUCAAUCAUUAUUAAAAACAUUGUGUUUUGCACUUGGUAGUCCGCAAUACUGAUAAGAAGGGAAAUAAAACAUUAGGGGAUAUUUAUCAAAGUAAUUGGAAAUUGAUGUUUAAAUGCUAUCAUUAUUUUAGGAACACUCCCAUCUCUUACAAUUUAAGCUCAUUUAAAUUCUUAUGAGGCAGGAGUGUUUGGCACUGUUCUACCGUCAUGAGUUUCAGUGUUUUGCAAUUCUGUAAAAUUGGGCCCCCUGCAUCUGAGACCUCUGCUUCUGGCUUCCUUCCUGCCUCUGCAGUAUGGAGAAGGUUUAGCCUUAGAGCCUAUCACUGGGCUUCUAUAAAAAAAAAAAAAAAAAAAAAUAAUAGUGUAUACUAAACGUGGACUAAAAGUUUUCUUUAUAGUAAAUUCUGUCAGUUUUUUUACAGAAUUAUCUAUUUUAGAAGACUGUCAACUUGAGAGUGGUGGGAAGAAAAACCAGAAGUGUAAAUAAUACUUUUCUGUCAGAAGAAAUGGCGGAAAAUUCAUAAAGAAGUGGUGUUGUCAGAAAAAAAAAGCAUAUUCAAGUGUAUAUGUAUGUAUGUAUAUAUAUAUAUAUAUAUAUAUAUAUAUAUAUAUAUAAUAAAAAUGAUGGUUAGAGCACAAAAACACAACAGAUGCAAAAAUCAGGCAGAUUUAAUAAACUGAACCAAAAAAAUUGAUCUAAAUGUGUUGGUGAUAAAUCUCACUCAAUGUUUCUGUUCCUCUUCCUCAUUUACAAUAUGUGUCCUGACUGUGAAAUAUGAAGUCAUUUUCUAAAUCAUUAAUAUAAUUGAAAAAAAAAAUGAUCAUCACAUAUAAAAAGGUUAAUAUAAAUUAUAGGGGAUUUCAUCGUUUCAUUCAGUAAUAACAUUUCAAGAGAAGUGACAGUUUCCUUUUAAUGCUUUCAGGUUUUUUUUUUUAUAUUAAAAGUGCACAUGUAAACAAAUGUCAAAUUGCUAAUGGCACAAGUUCCCCCACAGAGCAAAACGGAGAAAAAAUUCCAUCUGAAAUAAUACACAUUUCAGUAUAGGAAUUGUGUUCCAUUUUUAAUAACAGUAGAACAGAAGUAUUGUUAGCUCAAAGGAACUAAACAAUAAGGAGGCAAAGAGGGCACAGAGGGUUAUACAAAAAGAGAAUGAAACAAAACAGAAAAUAAGGGUUUAAAGAGGACAAAGGUGCAGGAUAAGUACAAUAAUGUUACAUAUAAUAGAGUAUUGUUUAACUAAAAAAAAAAAAGCAAAUUGUCUCAAUUGUCUAUCCAAAGAGCCCAGACAUCUUUAAACAUUUCAAUUAAAUAAUGGUUCAUGGUUGUCACACUAACUCUGCAUGUCCUCUGAGAAUUUGGCUAUAUCACAUUUAUUUUUACCACAAACUGUACACAAUGUUUUAGUUGUCUAUAACAUGAAAGGUAGUCAUAAAAAUCACCAGCAAUAGAAUGUACUGGAAAUGACUGCAUUUCAUCAGAAUAUGUGGUUAUAAAGUUUAAGUUCUAAAAUAUAUUUUUCUGCAUAUUGGGUAAAAUAUGGUUUUAGUGAAAACUGCCACUCCCUCUAAAAAAAAAAAAAAAAAUCUCAAAAAAACAAAAACAAACACACAGUUUAAUGACACAUGUGGGUGCUUCUUUUAUUCUGAAGAAUAUGUUAUACAGAUUUGACCGAUGAAUGCUGAUGUUGCAAGAUGCCGCAUCGUAUGUACCUCCGUCCGUGUGCCCGACACAGUUUGAAGGAGGAUUCACAGAGCCUAAGAGACACCUAAUUCAUAACACUGUUGUGUAUUAUGAGUGUCACUGUUUUAUCUCACCUAUUUACAAUGGCUAACUCCCCCCGGGACAUGAAACAUACUCAUUGUAGUCUGGCAGCCUCGUCAGUAUCAGAUAUUACAGUCCACCAGGAAAUAUCCAAGUGGGACAGUCCAGGCCUGGAGAGCUUUGAGGGUUCAGGCCACCAGCCUAUGCACAAAUCCACACAGUGUUAAGCAAACAAAGGUCUGCACAAUUCCUGCUGCUGUUACUCUUGAAGAGUGACUUCUUAAACUGAUAACAUUUUUCUGAAUUCAAACAAAUACCAUUGAAGUGUAUAUACGGGUAAGGUAUGUAAUGAAUGUCAGCAUAAAAUAAGCUUCUUUCUGUUGCACUUCUAGGCGACAAGUGCAACCAUCUUCCCAUGAUCCCUAAGCAUUAAUGAAUGUCUUCCCACAAUCCUCAGAGUGCCCACAUGUUUCCAAGGUCCACAUUCAGAGAAUUCUGGUGCCCUGUGCAUCAGGGCUGAAAUGAGGGAGAGCAAAAAAUCUCUUUGGAUUCUUCCUCCUCUCUAAUUUCUCACCCUGCUAGUCUCGCUCCUUCAUUUCUCUGAAUAUCUUUUUUACAGUGCCAACAGGGCUAUUCACUAAAGUGAGAAUUGUCUGGAACUCCUAUUAAUAAAUUCCAAGUGAAAUUAAAAUUUAAGUCCAAAGUAGCUGAACUGGCAGCAAUUUUGUAAAUUUUCCAGAUUGGCAAUUUUGGUCUAAAUUAGAAAUUCAUUUUGAAUUCCCAACGAUCCUCACAUGAAUAAUAGUGAAUAAUCCUGCAAAUUUUUAGUGAGUGACCCCAAAAUUUCUGAGGACAGCCUUACUAGAACUGUAAGGACAACCUUUCAUUAAAUAAAAAUUAAAAUAUGAAAAAGUGCAUACGUGCUACUAUUGGAAAUGCAAUUUAAACCUUCACGAGAGCCCCAAAUGCCUCUGUGAUAAUUUUUUCAGAUGAAAGAGUCAUAUCAAUGUAAAUGUGCAGCACGGUAAAAUUAAACCUUAGGAGCUGGACCAUGAUGAAUUACUAUGAAUCAAUAUUUAUGUAUUUUUUUUUUUUAGAGGCGGAAUACCUUUAAAUAUUGCAUAUCUUGAUUUUUAAUUUUCUUUUGCCAUCAUAAAACUUAGAUCAAUAUUUUGAAAUGCAGGCUGGAUUAAAAAGUAAUUUAUCAGAUUUUUCUUCUCUCUCCAUCACAUACCUGACAUUUCAAGUGGCAUUUACAAAUACCAGCCUCAGAAUUGGCACAAAAUGUAAUGUCUGCUGUAGGCACCUGAUUGUUUCAGAGACAGUUGUUAAUUGUACUUUCCUUAUCAACUCCUGUUUCUUGCAUUGAUGCGCAUCUUGUCAUUAACUCUCCUACAUCAACAUAGUGCAUAUACUGCUGGUGUUUCAUUUCUUAAAUAAAAAGUGCUUCCUUUCUCAGCAUGAUCAAAAAAUAUUUGUACUUUAGAGUAGCCAACAAUUUUACUGAAUUUUACUGAAUCAAAGCUACAAAAAAAGUGUGUGUGUGUGUGACCGGGGGUUGCCUUCUAAUCACCACUAUCCCGCCAUUAUUAAUUCAAAAGAUAAAGGAAUACAUGAAAAGGCAUUCUUUUCUGUUAAUUAUUUUUAUUAUUAGACAUGUGCAAUUAGUUUCGUUCCGAAUGUACAUUCAGACGAAUUUUGCGCAAUUCGGUCAUUCCGAUGCUUACGAAUGUCCGAAGUUCGAAUUGCUAAAUUUCCGAAUUGCUGAAGUGCUGAACUGAACCGAAUUGCCAAAGUCAGGAAUUGCCGAAGUUCCAAAUUGCCGGAGUCCCAAAUUGCCAGAGUCCCGAAUUGCCAAGUUCCAAAGUGGGUUAGGGUUUAGGGUUAGGGUUUAGGGUUAGGGUUAGAGUUUAGGUUAGGGUCCGAAUUACUGAAGUUCCGAAUUACCAAAGUUCAGAAUUGCCAAAGUUCCGAAUUUAGGAAGUGCCAAACCGAACCAGAUGCCAUUGGUCCGAAUUGCCGAAGCAGACAAAUUUUUUUACUUACCCAAAUUUCCGAACCAAAUUUUUUGCCCAUGAACAUCCCUAUUUAUUAUUGUAUAAAAAUAACAAAGUAUAAACAUAUUUGUCAGUGCUCAUUUAAUUGUUUUUUUCAUCCUUGAACCGCAAUAUAUGUUGGUUUUUGUUUUUGAGCUGGUACAUAUAUUUAUAUAUUUGCUGUUUAAAAGUUAACCACUUUCAAAAUUAAUUCAAAGUGAAUUAAAUUAUCAGGACAAAAUAAAUAAUAGCUGCCUUAACCCCUUAAGUAGAGAUGUCGCGAACGGUUCGCGACGAGCUGUUCGUGGCGAACUCCGGUCAGCUGACACAUCCCGGUCAAUCUCCAGCAGACCCUCCCUCCCAGACCCUCCUACUUCCUGGACAGCAUCCAUGUUGUUUCAACAUGGAUGCUGUCCAGGAAGUAGGAGGGUCUGGGAGGGAGGGUCUGCUGGAGAUUGGCCGGGAUGUGUCAGCUGACCAUAGUUCGCCACGAACAGCUCGUGGCGAACCAUUCGCGAGAAGUUCGCGGACGGUUCGCGACAUCUCUACCCUUAAGGACACAUGACAUGUGUGACAUGUCAUGAUUCCAUUUUAUUCCAGAAGUUUGGUCCUUAAGGGGUUAAAGGACCACUAUAGGCACCAGACCACUUCAGCUUAAUGAAGUGGUCUGGGUGCCAGGUCCAGCCAGGUUUAACCCUUUUUUCUAUAAACAUAGCAGUUUCAGAGGCGCUAUAAACAUAGCUGCUAGAGGCGCUUCCGCGCUUCUCCCUGUGAUUUUCACAGUGAGAAGACGCCAGCAUCCAUAGGAUGCGCAUUCAGCCGAGGAGGAGGAGAGGAGGAGGAGGAGAGUUCCUCGCCCGGCGCUGGAGAAAGAGGUAAAUUUAACCCCUUCCACCCCCUCGAGCCCAGCAGGAAGAGGGCCGUGAGGGUGGGGGCACACUCAGGGCACUAUAGUGGUUCUUUAAAGAAUUCUUCUAGUUCUGCUAGUUUUACCUUUAAUUUGAAAUUCACUUUGAAUUUCAUUUGGAUUCUUACUCCAAUUUAUUUUCUUUAACAUGAACAACAAAUGGAUGCCGUAGAUUUAAAAAAACAAAACCUUUUUAUAGUAAUUAAAGAGUUUAAAGAAAUAUAUUGGGUAACAUCAGUAAUGAUCAGAGCUUACACUGGCUUUAAAGAAAUAGUGAAUGCAAUACAAACGUUACAGCAUAUUGAAAUACAGUGAUAUAUGCAGCUACCUUCAGUCGUUUGCUUCUUGUUGAAACCUGUAGCUGAAGAAGGUGCUCAAUUCUCCUUGUUAUAUGCACAUGUUAACCAAUCAUUGCAGUGAUUCCAGGAUAAAAAAGAAAACUUGGCAAAUGUAAUGAAUGAACUGAGGCAUUGCAUUGACAUAAUCAUUCAGAUCUCUUGCUAUACUUGAAAUUUAGCUCAGAUACAUCCCAUUUCCCUGGAUCAUAUUUGAGAUGUUUCUAUACUCUGAUUGUAGAUAAAUUAAACUGAGUGGCCUUAAUGUAGAAAGCACACAUCUUUCUACAGAAGGUCUUAGAGCUGUAAAUAAAAUCCAGAGCAAAGACCAAACCAUAAAGUUAAAGGAACUGCCUUCAGAGCUCAGAGAAAAGAUUGUGUCAGGACACAGAACUUUGAAAUAAUACAAGCACUGCAACCCUCUAGUGAUCUGGCCUUAAAGGACCACUCUAGGCACCCAGACCACUUCAGCUUAAUGAAGUGGUCUGGGUGCCAGGUCCUUCUAGGGUUAACCCAUUUUUUCAUAAUUAUAGCAGUUUCAGAGAAACUGCUAUAAUUAUGAAUGGGUUAAGCCUUCCCCCUAAUCCUCUAGUGGCUGUCUCAUUGACAGCCACUAGAGGCGCUUGCGUGCUUCUCACUGUGAAAAUCACAGUGAGAGCACGCCAGCGUCCAUAGGAAAGCAUUGUAAAUGCUUUCCUAUGAGACCGGCUGAAUGCGCGCGCAGCUCUUGCCGCGCGUGCGCAUUCAGCCAUCGGGGCGUAACGGAGGCGGAGAGGAGGAGGAGAGCUCUCCGCCCAGCGCUGGAAAAAGGUAAGUUUUUACCCCUUUCCCCCUUCCAGAGCCGGGCGGGAGGGGGACCCUGAGGGUGGGGGCACCCUCAGGGCACUAUAGUGCCAGGAAAACGAGUAUGUUUUCCUGGCACUAUAGUGGUCCUUUAAUGGCAGAUUGGCAUCUCCUCACUGCAAGAAACAUGAAAGCCCACUUGAACUUUGCAAAAAUGCACCUAAAGGAUGCUUAGACUUUGAGAAACAAGAUUUCCUGGUCUGAUUAAAUGAAGAUGUAACUGUUUAGCUGCCUUCUAAUCAAACUAUCAUGUCUGGGGGACUCCAGGCAUUACUCAUCACCUGUGCAAUACCAUCCCAUCAGUGAGCCAUGGAGGUGGUUAAUAUUUUCUUUAUAGUUUCUUCAUGUUGUUUUUAUAUUUUGGAUAUUUCAUUUUUUGGCCUGAGGGGGUGGCUAAGACACCGGCACCUAUAAUCUGAUUGAGUGCUAACACACUUUGUAAUUUUUACUUACCUUUAUCCAGCACUGGACGAACACCUUGGCGCUGUUUUGCGUACCCCCGUCUUAUGUCAUGGCAACCUCAUCAUAGUCCAAUCAAUGGCUUCUCGUAGAGAAGUUUUUGAUUGUAGGGUUUACCCAGCUCAGAGUGCAUGCACGUGCUCUGAACUGGCAUGGGGGCAAGUAAAGUGGAGGGGUGAUGACUGGGCAAAAAAAAAAAAUGUAUCACUGGAGGGGGUAAGCACGUGGGGAGGCAUGCAAUCAAUGUUUAGGGAGGAAGGGCAGCUAAGAGCUUCCUCUUGCAGGCUCUGCUGGCAAAGUAGAAACUGUCAUCUCUGUUGGCAAUGGGCAAUGCUAGCUUACAGCAGACUUUUUAUUUCUGCACAGAAUUUACAUGAGGCCAUCUAGAAGAGAGUUCUGGGCUGUUUAAGUCACAAGUGCUGGGGGUGCAACUUGCCUCCAGCACAUAAUUCAAAAUAUCUCAGGAUGUGUAAUGUUUCAAGUAGACUGCACAUUCAGAUUCCUACCACCAUCACCACUUCAUAAACCACUUCCCCAGGGAAGCCAACCAUACUGCUACAUAAACACAGAGCUGCAGAUUAAGCCUCCCCCUUGAACAAAUAAUAUAAGCAACCCACACACAAACACACACAGUCCUCACAGCGACAACACCACUGACAAUCAACAUACAUACACACAACCCCACAAGCAGCCGUUCACAUGUAAUACCACAAGCAGACCUACACAUACCACCAAACACACAAUGUGAUAUCAUUCACACAAUUCCACAAGCAGCUCCUAUACACACCCCACAUUCAUAGGCAUUAAUGAGAGAGGGCCCUGACACAUCUGCAUACACAGACACACAGAUAAACACACCGACACACAGGUGAUAGUGCCACUGCUUCUCAUGAACAUAUACAGUAGAAUAGACUUCCCACAUACACAUGAUUACAACUCUACAAAGCAACUGCAGCACCCAAAAACAACACAAGCAGAAUACACCAACGUACACACCUCAAUUUAAGAAAAUAGCACUGGCACACCAAGGGACUUCAAGAUUUUUGUUUUUGGCACAGUAUUACUAAAAGUUUGUCUACCCCUACUCGACAGUGUUAUGCAAUAUGGCAUGUAUCACUUUAUCACAGAGCUCUACUGUAAUGUGUAAUGUGUGUGAAUCAGAACAUAAUUUGUAAUAGUGCUAAUAUAAUACAUCAUAUUUGCAGUUAAUUAUACACCGCAUUAUGGGGUUAUUGCUGUUGGCCCUGAAAGCUGUGUCUUUAAAUAAAACUGUCUGCCCAUGGGAGAGGGAAAGCAUGAGGUAAAUCAUUUAAAUUUGUAGCAAAUUUUGCAUAGAUUACUUUUUUUUGUCAGCAGCAGGCUUAAUGUAUUAAAUAAAAUAAUGUACUGCAUAAUGUAUACAACUUAAAAAGAAAAUACAUUUUUAUUUUCCAGGUUGCUUUCAUGGCUUCCAUGGCAACCCAUUUUAGCAACAUAAACAGCGGAAUCAUUUUCAGCAGUGUGGAAACCAAUGUCGGAAAUUUUUUUGAUGUCAUGACAGGAAGAUUUGCAGCCCCGGUGACAGGUAAGAUAUAUGAAUUUAAUCUGACUCAGACAAUAAUAUCAGCUUCAUAAAAACACAAGACGUGCUUGUGUGUUAUAUAUAUAUGUGUGUCUGUGUGUGUGUAUACAUCCCUUUUUUGUACUUUGAGUUCUGACUGAUGUAGCAUAACAUUUACAUACUAAUUAGCUGUGGUAACAUCUUUUUCACAUAAUUAUGUGCAAUUUAGUUUUUUUUCUAACGCAAUACUUUUUUUUUUUGCGAACUAUACGACUGUACCAUGAUAAAUCCAUUGAGAGGUUUGUCCAUAAUAUUUGUAUCAAAUAUGCAUGACAUUUGCUGCAAGAAGGGACAUAUCACUACGAAUUGGUAACAAUAACACCAUUGCUGGGGCACUGUGGCUUCUCUGGCAAACAAGUGAGCAGGGCCGGUGCAAGGAUUUUUGCCGCCCUAAGCAAAAAAAAAAUUGCGGGCCCCCCAUAUGUUCUGCCCACCACGUGACAUCACAAUACCCCACCCAUAUGCUCUGCCAUAUGGGCCAACGCCUGUUCUGCACAAAGUGUCUUUUUUCUAAAAAGGCAGUGUGUUUACAUUAAAAAGCCUGCAGGCACAGGAUAUAGACACUAAAACCACUACAUUAAGGGUGACUAUAGUGGCCCUUUAAUGUGAAGUAAAUUAAAGAUUAAUGCCACUAAUAAUAUAUUGGAUUGCCGACUUACCACCAGAUGAGGACUAGAGGAUGAUGAUGGGCUCAGGCUGCAGUCUGGCUCCACAGGUCUGGUGUAGAAGAGGCUCUCUGGAGACUGUUUGUAACAGUGCUCACAAAAGUCAAUGAACAGGAAGCAGCUCCAUUUUUGGGACCCCUUACACAGCUCAUGGUCUGGGCCCCCAGGGCCUGACCGUGAGAAUGCCUACAAGGCCCACCCAUAAAUCCACCUACAUGGCCCACCCAUGAGUUCUUUCAUAGGGAGUGGAGUGUAUGUGUGUAGGGGAUGUGUUAUGUGUUAUUGUAGAGGACGUAAUCUGUGUGUUCUUAUGGAAUAUAGUGUCUAGGGAUAUCAAUUUGUGUAAGGUAUGUAGUGUGUGUAUAUGGGAUGCAGUGAAUGUUUGUGUGUAAGGAAUGAAUUGUAUAUUUCUGGGUAUGUGUGUAAGGGAUGCAAGGUUUGUUUCUGCGUAUGUAAUUUAAUGCAGUGUGUGUCUGUAAGAGAUGCAUUUGUUUCUGUGUGUGUAAGAGAAGCAGUGUGUGUGUGCGUAAGGCAUGCAUUGUGUGUUUCGGUGUGUCUGUGUGUGUGUGUGUUUGUGUAGGGAUGCAUUGUAUAUGUAAGGAUGCAUUGUGUAUGUGUGUAGUGCAAAAGAGAGGGUUUGUGGGGUAGGAUAGGGACUGAGUCAUGGGGUGUCUGUCAGCUCUUUAUUUUGUAUUUUUUUUAUAGUGCUCUCUCCUCCUGUCAAUUAGUGAUCUCCCCUUCCCUCCUGUAUCUCAAUGUUCUCCCCUUCUGUCCCUUAGUGCUCUCUCCUCCCCUCCUGUCCCUUAGUGCUCUACCUUUGUCCCCUGUCCCUCUCCAGUCCCUCCUUGGUGGUCCUCUCACUCCCCUCUCUCCCCCCCCUUAAUGGCCUUCUCACCCCCCCCCCUUUAGUGGUGCAUUCACUCCCCCCUCUCCCCUCUUAGUGGUCCUCCCUCCCCCCUUUAGUGAUCCUCCCUCUCCUCCUCUCUUAGAGGACCUCCUCCCCAACCCCUUAGUGGUCCUCCCACUUCCCCAACCCCUUAGUGGGCCUCCAUCUCCCACACUCAGGGCCGGACUGGCCCACUGGGAUACCGGGAAAUUUCCCGGUGGGCCGUCAUCACCUGGGGCCGGGCAGGCAGGCAGCUGGCUCACCUGCGACCGCAGAGGGAGCUCUUUAGGCGGCUGCAGGGGGAGCUGGCUGUUCUGGCGGCCGCAGGGGGAGCUGGCUGUUCUGGCUCUGCUCCCCAGCGCACUACAAAGAGACCGGGGCUGGAAUAUGACAUCAUAUUCCGGCCCCGGUCUCAUUAAGUGGCGCGCUGGGGAGGGGGAGCAGAGCCAGAACAGCCAGCUCCCCCUGCGGCCACCAAAGGAGCUUCCCCACAGGCAGAAAUUGUGUGUCAGUGUGAGUGUAUGUGUGUGUGUGUCUGUGUGUGUCUCUGUCUGUGUCAUGGUGUGUGUGUGUGUCUCUCUGUCUGUGUCAUGGUGUGUGUCUCUGUCUGUGUCAUGGUGUGUGUGUGUCUCUGUCUAUGUCAUGGUGUGUGUCUCUUUCUGUGUCAUGGUGUGUGUGUGUCUCUGUCUGUGUCAUGGUGUGUGUCUGUCUGUGUGUGUCAUGUGUGUGUGUCUCUGUGUCUGUGUCAUGGUGUGUGUCUCUGUCUGUGUCAUGGUGUGUGUAUGUGUCUCUGUCUGUGUCAUGGUGUGUGUGUGUCUCUGUCUAUGUCAUGGUGUGUGUCUCUUUCUGUGUCAUGGUGUGUGUCUGUCUCUGUCUGUGUCAUGGUGUGUGUGUCUGUGUGUGUCGCGGUGUGUGUCUGUCUGUGUGUGUCAUGGUGUGUGUCUCUGUCUGUGUCAUGGUGUGUGUGUGUCUCUGUCUGUGUCAUGGUGUGUGUGUGUCUUUCUGUGUCAUGUGUGUGUGUGUGUGUGUCUCUCUGUCUGUGUCAUGGUGUGUGUUUGUCUCUCUGUCUGUGUCAUGGUGUGUGUCUCUGUGUCAUGGUGUGUGUCAUGGUGUGUGUAUGUGUCUCUGUCAUGGUGUGUGUAUCUGUCUGUCUGUCUGUGUCAUGGUGUGUGUAUGUGUCUGUCUGUGUCAUGGUGUGUGUCUCUUUCUGUGUCAUGGUGUGUGUCUCUGUCUUUGUCAUGGUGUGUGUGUGUCUCUGUCUGUGUCAUUGUGUGUGUCUCUGUCUGUGCCAUGGCGUGUGUGUCUCUGUGUCAUGGUGUGUGUGUCAUUGUGUGUGUCUGUCUGUGUCAUGGGGUGUGCGUCUGUCUGUCAUGCAAUGUGUGUCUGUGUCAUGGUGUGUGUGUGUCAUGUAAUGUGUGUCUGUCUGUGUCACGGUCUGUCUGUGUCAUGGUGUGUGUGUGUUUGUUAUGGUGUGUGUGUGUCUGUCUGUGUCACGUUCUCUCUGUGUCGUGGUGUGUGUGUCAUGGUGUGUGUCUGUGUCACAGUCUGUCUGUGUUAUGGUGUGUGUCUGUCAUGGUGUGUGUGUGUCUUGCAUGGUAUGUGUGUGUCUCGGUCAUGGUAUGUGUGUGUGUGUCUGUCAUGGUGUGUGUUUCUGUCUGUGUCACGGUGUGUGUUUCUGUCUGUGUCACGGUGUGUGUGUCUGUGUCACGGUCUGUCUGUGUCGUGGUGUGUGUCUGCCAUGGUAUGUGUGUGUGUGUAUCUAUGUUUUUACUCACCUUUUCCCCCACGUCGUGCUUGUCUUCCCUGAACUGGCUCUGCCUCUACGGCUGAGAUCAUCAAGCUUGAUCAUCUCAGCCAAUCCGCACUGACACAGGAAGCACCUCUAGUGACCGUCUGAGUGUCUGUCACUAGGAAGCAAUGUAAACACUGCCUUUUCUCUAAAAAGUCAGUGUUUACAUUGAAAAGCCUGCAGGGACAGGCUAUAGACACCAGAGCCACUACAUUAAGCUGUUUGUGUGUGCGCACCUGCUAGUGAGUGGGCUUGUGUUGUUAUGUCAAUGACCUUAUGUAUAUCAGUGAGAUUGUUUGUCUAUGAGGCUGUGUAUCAAUCAGCUUGUAUCAGUGAGAUUGUAUUAUAUUGUAUUUUAUAUUGGAAAAAGCUAUAUAUAUAUAUAUAUAUCAAUCAUCUAGGGUGGCAAGACAUAGCCUUACAUAUUAAAUGCGACAAUAUAUGGCGCAAUGACUUAUGGGGCUGGCAUAGAUUUUUUUUCCAGGGCUGCUUUGGAAUCCCCAGUCCGGCCCUGCCCACACUCUAGUGGUCCUCUUCAGUCCCCUCUCCCCCCAGUGGUCCUCCCCCCGUAGUGAUCUUCUCUCUCCCCCACCCCCUUAGUGGUCCUCACUCUGCCCCCACUCCCCAACCCCUUAGUGGUCCUCUCACCCCUUGGUGGUCCUAAACGCCCUUAGUGGUCCUCUCCCCCACUCUAAGUGGUCGUUCCCCUCCUCACCAGUCCAUGGUGGUCCUCCCACUCCCCUUAGUGGUCCUUCCCCUCCCCCCUCCUUGGUGGUCCUCCCUCCCUGUUUAGCCAUGACACAGACACACAUUGCAUGACACAGACAGACACACACCCCAUGACACAGACAGACACACACAAUGACACAGACAGACACACACCUAUGUAGGGUGUGCGCUUCCCUCCUGCAGGUCACUCAAAUCUGGCACCCCCUGGGCCAGUGCACCCUAGGCAACUACCUAUAGAACGCGCCGGCCCUGAAAAUGAGAAUGAACAUGUGUUAUGUGAGCAAUGGUACGAUUGCCAAGGAUGGCGGGCGUACUAUGCCAUCCUUGGGGACAUAUCACGCUUUCCUAUGUACUUACCUGUUCGCUGGCGAUCCUCCACCGGCAAUUGCGAUGGCGGGACUUGCCUGGCAUCCCAGGGAAUCCUCCUGCUGCUGAUCUGACCCUCCUGGGCCAUGUGAUUGCGAGGACCUCACGAUCACUUGAUGGAAUGUUUGUGUUUGUGACUAAGUGGCUACUAAAAAAGACUGGACAUACCCCAUUUGCAAUACCUUGGGUUGUCUAUUAUUGCAAAUGGUAUGCCAUCAUAGGGGUAAUUCUCAUUCCUGGGCUACCAUAUGGUCUCAAAGGCAACGUAACCAAUAUGGCGAAUUUCAGUGUGAAAAAAAUGAAAAAUGUAACAUGCUAUAUUUGACCCUGUAACUUCCCAAAACACCAUAUAACAUGUACAUAGGAGGUACUGUUUUACACGUGAGACAUCGCUGAAUACAAAUAUGUGUAUUUUAUUGCAGUAAAAGCAAACAGUAUUAUGACAUUCACAGUUAAUAUGUCAUGCAGAAUUAAAAUAAUGUAAAAAAAAAUCUUAAUUUCUCACAUUGUUUUACAUUUUAUUCAUAUUAAAAUAUGUUUCAUAGCUAAAUAUUUGAUGUUAAAUGAAAGCCAUAUUUCUCCUGAAUAAAAUGAUACAUAAUAGGUGUGGGUGCACUUAAUAUGAAACAUGAAUAUGAGGUGAAUUACGGUUGAACAGACAUAUCUUCUGUCCGUACUCCCUCCUCUGAUGCUUGCCUUCAAGACUUCUUGAGGGCUGCACCAUUCCUGUGGAACUCUUUUCCCUCCUCCGUGCUCACCCAGUCUCCACUCCUUCAAAAAAUCAUUAAAAACCCACUUCUUCAUAAAAGCGUAUCAAUUAAACUGUUAAUAUAUCCCUACUGAUUCCUCUCUUGCAACUGCCAUUAGUAUAAUACUAUCCUUACCUUUUGUGUCCCUUUACCCCACUCCUUCUAGCCUCUAGCAUGUAAGCUCACUGAGCAGGGCCCUCAACCCCUCUGUUCCUGUGCGUCCAACUUGUCUGGUUACAACUACAUGUCUGUUCGUCCACCCACUGUAAAGUGCUGCGGAAUUUGUUGACGCUAUAUAAAUAAUAACAUAAUAAAUACUAUAGUCAGAUUCCAAGUUUUGUUUACAUUUUAUUUUGAUUAAAACGUGUACAUUUGGCUCAGUCCUUAAGGGGUUAAUAAUGUCCAACAGGGCAUUGUACAUUAUGUUAAAAGUAUUAGAGUAACCCUUUUAACCUUAUCUGCAUGUAUAGUUAGCCCUGCAGUCAAAUUAAUGGGUAAUUUCAUUAGAAUAUUUAAAUAAUAUAUUGCUAUGACUAAAUAGACCUUUACUGGUCUUUAAGAGGUUAAAUAAAUAAAAUAAAAAAAUUGCACAACACAGUGAGAAUUGCUUUGUACCUGAUUAGGCAACAAAACACAUUACUCAUUUUCAGACAAGUGCUGUAUAUUUGAUGAUGGUCAUUUGUCUGCAUAACAUUUGAUACAUUAGUGAAGCUACAUUUUUUUUAUUUGAGAGAGUUACCUAAACGUAAUUUACUUGAAGGAUUCAGGAUGGUGUAUUUACAAUUCUAUCAACACGCUCACAUGUCAUUGUAACCAAGGUGAACUAAUGCCUGAUUUAGAGUUUCAUUAAAAUUAUGUUAACGCCUAGGUUUCCCCAUAGGUUUCAGUUUAUAAUUGUGUUUAGAAUACAUUUUAAUCCCAGGAUUAACAGUGAUUAAGAGUUUUAUAUCAUCUUUCUUGCAAAAUGUCAAUGGAGCAAUCGGUCAUAUUAUUUAUGGAAUUAUAAAUCAAAAUAAUAUUUGUGCUUAUGCACCAUUGUUUACAGUUUAUUUUUACAGUAACGACCUCCAAAUCAUCUUUUAUACUACUACCAGAUAUGGAAUAUGGAAUAGCCUACAUGAAAGGAAACCCAGUGUAAUCACAUGUGUGCAAACUAAUAGGUUAAUUCAUUAGACACUAUAUCAAACAGGAACCACACUCAAUCAACAUAAGCUAAGGGUGCCAAACCAGACCAUGGGCCAGCACAAUCCCAACAUUUGGAAAUAUCGGUAAGCGAGAAGAGAUCCAGCCACUCAAAUAGCUUCAUGUACAUUUAUUAGAACAAACAGAACACUGCAACGUUUCGACCCAUGAUUGGGUCUUUGUCAAGCUUGAAAUAGACCCAAUCGUGGGUCGAAACAUUGCAGCUCAAAUACAUGGAACAAAAGCUAUUGGAGUGCCUGGACCUCUUCUAUAUUACCGAUAUUCAUUAAACGCUGACCUGUAAGUAAAUGGAAAUAAAACGGUAAACUUUAGGCCAAUAUAACCAAGCUGAAUUUCAAGCUUAAUUUGAAUUAUAAAUUUAAGAUCAAAAUAGCUGUACAGGAAAAAUUCUCCCAUUCAGCUAGGCUUUCAGUUCGGCUACUUCUGCCUUCAAUUUAAAAUUCACUUUGAAUUCCCUGCAAUUCUCACUUAAGUGAAUAACCCUGAGUUUGAGAAUUGUUUUCCAAAUUAGCUAUUUAGACCAAAUGUUUGCAAUUUGGAUUUAAUGCACUAUAAUUCGGAGUUUGGUACAUAAACCACAUGUAUUUAAAUGCCUGUUCACGCUCCAUGCUUUAUAAAUGACUAAGAUUACCAAACACAUACUAGGCGUGGAUCAUACCACCAAAACUCUCAAGUCAGAGCUGGAUUACAGCUCCAAAAAAGUGUAAGUGCUACUUUUUUAUUUCCCAUUACUACAAAAAACGUAUUACACUAUCAGUUCCUGCACUCUUCAUCGUUCCCUAUACUUGUUUAAGGACAACCCAGGUGCUACACCAACCCCUCUGUUUUAUUUGACUUUUACUCAACCUGACAAAAAAGACACUGAGUUUGGUUGUUAAGCUGCCGAACAGAACAGUACCAGUAUUAACUAAGUGCUGAAUAUCCUUACUGAUUACAUACAAGUUUGCCAGAUUUCGCUAAGGUUUUUUUAAUGUUUUAGUUUUUUGACUGUUAAUAUCCAUCUUACAAAUCUUAACAAUUUAGAGUCAAACCUCAACACUCAGAACCUAGUCAGACAACAAGACAGAGAGGCAAAGUAUGUUAGCAGUACUAAUAAUUGCUUAGUUUAAUGCAAUUACUGUAAGGGACAAGCUAUAUAAUGAUAACCAAAUGUGCAAUAUCAAUGGAACAAGCUAGACGGUCAAGGAAGCACCAUAAGACACAAGUUAAAAGAACACUCCACAUUCCAUAGCACACUGUACACUGCCACUUACAAUGGGGGCUUGCACCAUAACCACUACAGCACACUGUUAUGAAUAUGAUGCUUGGACUGUUCUUUUAAAAGCAGAGCAGGGGUAUAACUAGAAAACCAAGUUACAAUCGAAUUUUAUUGAUUAUCACAAGUACCCAUAACUUGAUGCAAGUUUCUGUGCCUAAAUAAGUCUGAACAUGGUGUGAGUGAAAAAGUGGAAUAGUGGUUGAUGGAAGAUAUAUCAGGCCUGAUUUGCUAAACAGCAGCCAGAGAAUUUUCAGUUAAAUGCCCCAGGAAGAGAUGUUAAAGUGUGCUGAUGCUCUGCAAAACACGGUACGGGUCCCUGGGGCGGAGUAUUUGGAGAGCAGGGUGGGCCAAUGCUCCAACAGCACUAGUUGCUGUGUAACAGACCAGAAUUUGGAUUUAACUUAAGAGUUAACUAAUUGGCACUCACCUGUAGCUGGUCAAUUAGCAGACAGGCCUUUAAAAGAAGAGAUCAGCCUGCUGCAUAGGGAGGGAGAAAAAAAAACACAAAAAAAACACAACAAACAAACAACAACAACAACAAACAAACAAACAAACAAACAACACCAGCUAGGAGAGCUGAAGGAGAGAGAACAACACUUGUGUUUAUUGCAAAUCUAUUUCGAUUUUUUUGGGAAAAUUGGUAAGUGGGAAAGCCAACCAAUUACAGAUAGUGAUUUCUGUCUAGUAAGAGCUCAAGUAAGAGCAAGGGAUUUUGUUUUGUUUAUUAUUAUUUAAAGCAGCUGUUUUUUUCUAUCAAAUAAAAAAGGAAAACCGAACUGAAUGUGUCCUGGACUUUGUAUACCCUAGAAGGCUGUGGUUACUGUAAGAUCUGUGACAAAAUCCUACCUGUAAAAGAGAUUGUUUGUUACAAUGGAUACAUAUCUUAAUUCCCACAGCUUGGGAGAAGCUGUCAUGGGUGCAGGAGAAUAUGGGACAAAAAUAAGGCUUUGGGCCACCUUGAUAAUAACUUUGAAUUAAACAUUCCUUGUAUUGAUGAACUGAUUCCUACAGUUUUUUGGGUGGGGGACUGGUUGAAGUACUUUUAACAUAAAAGUAGGUUUGCAGUAUAAAAAAAAAAGUAUAUAUUUCAUAUCUGCUUCUUGGUUUUAAAUUGCAUGGGAGAAAAGUGACCAAUUAAUACUUAUCACAUAUAUAGUCCUUGAAUCCACAAUUAUUUUAUUUAUUCCUUAAUUGAGUGCACAAUAUAAUUUAGAGUGAUUUAAACUAGUGUUGGUGGCCAUGAAUGAACAGCUUCAAAUGGUCUCUGGGGCUUUUUUUGUGCGCCAAGUACUCAUUAAAUAAUAGCGUAAUGUACAUUAAUUAAAAAAAGAUUGCUUCUUCAUCUUCUUAAAAAAAAAAAAGACUAUUGGCACGGAACAGAUUCAGGAAAAAAAACAAUAACCGAAGAUGUACUCUGCCCUGUUAAUUAAAGAUGGCUUUUUUUUUCUGCAUGCAAAUUUUUUGAUCAAGCGAAAUAAAUGACACCUUUAAUUCAAAAUCAUCAUCAUGAAAACAUUAUGAUCAUAUACCUGCAAAGUGCUACUAAUAUUAAUCCAAUUAUUAAGGGGUUAAAUAACUUUUGAAAUAAUUCAUGUUUUUAUGCCUGUUAUUUUUGUUCCUUGUUACAGGUGUGUAUUUUUUUACAUUUCACAUGCUCAAGCAUGAAGAAGUUGACGAUGUAUAUGUGUACCUAAUGCAUAAUGGAAAUAGCAUAGUCAGCAUGUACAGGUAGGUUUUAAAUAUACUUUUUUUUCCUAGGUUAUUUUAAUACUUAUAUAUAUUUAUUUUUUUGUAUUUCUGUGGUGACAAAGAAGAAUAGUUUCCAAGUACUUUCUUAAAAAAAAAAAAAGAAGUUUGGAAAUAACUUUUAGAGUCAGAUACAAUGCCAAAUAGGCUCAUCCAUUGAGUAGACUCUUUGUGCUUACCAGUGCCACAUUCUCUUCAAGGGUAAGUCUAACUUACUUGAAUCUACCAUCAUCGGAGUGGCUUGCUUGUGACACUCUCUGCUCCGUCCCUUCCUUUGUGUAUUCUUCAAAGUCAUAACGCCCCUGUUAUUCUAACCUCCAUCCCUAUCUAAAUAUUGCUCCCAACCUCCCCUUUGUAGGCCUGUGCCCCUCUAUCCUGUCUACACACUCUACUUGCUGCACACUCACGGGCACUUAACUUUUCUCACUCUCAGUUAAGACUCUCCAUGAGAGCCAGAGAGGGGACGACUUUGGUGAGAAACGUAAUUUGUAUAUGGUUAUAUAAUUAUGCUAAACUUGAACCUGUUGUUGAAAUAAACAAAAUGUUAUUCGCAAUGCAUAGAGAUCAGAAUAUUCAUUACACAUCUGUAAUAUAAAAUAUGUGGACCUUAAAAGACUGGAAAAAAACUGCACAACUCAGAUCUAGUUACAUGUGGCCAUAUCAUACUUGGGCUUAGGUUUAAUUUUGUUGAAUAAGCUUUUCAAAUCAUUUAAUAAUUUUGGUAAACGUUUGAAAUAGAAAAAUGCAACAUAUCAAUAUAUCAAAAUGUUACUAACUACAUUUUUUUUAAAAUGGUGUUAAAUCAUUUUAAAAGUUUAUCCAAAAAAAAAAAAUUAAAGCAUUUGAUAAGAAUAUUUAAUUUGAAGCCUUAAUUCAUACAUUUGCCACAGUCCAAAAUCUUGGUGGUCCCAACUCCCAGUCGUUAUUCUAUAAGUGGUAAUGUUAUCUUUUAGUCCUUCCUGUCUUGCUUUGACAAUAGGAAUGUGCUGGGAGAUAUGUGACUCGUUACACAUUUAGUGAGUGAAGUGUGUGCAUUUUAAAAACUCAGAAUCUUGUUUUAAGAUAAUAAAGAAAGACAUUAAGAGCCCUAUAUUUUAAUUAAUGCAAUUGUGGAAUACAUAACAGCUAUCUUAGAUGACAACAUAAUGCUUAGUCCAUGACUGUACCAAAGUACUUCACUUUGGAUGGGUCUUACCAUGGUUCUGUACAACACAAUUGAAACUUCUAAAAUAUAGUACCUUCAAUUAAAUAAAUUUCUUACAGUUUGCAUGCAUGCAGAGUCUCCCUCACUUUAUAUUUUUGAGGACACUUUUUUUUUUUUUAGAAACAAUCUUAGCCCAGGACUCCAAUUUAAAUCUAAAUAUCCUGUCAGUUUUGAAAUCACUAAACAGACUUUCUCAUGUCUACAUGCCAAUGAUGUAUAAUAUUUAUCUUUAUAUAAAUUAUUGCACAAUAGUAAAACUGUGACCUGUACACUGAUCAUUUUUGUGGUUGGAUAAAUAUUAAUUGCAUCUGUUAACAUAAUUCAGAAAGUUAUCCAUUUUCAAAAUCCUUGUUUCUAAAAAUCAAUGUUUACUGUGAAAAAAAAUACAUUCAACAUAAAUAAUCAUAACUCAAGUAUCUCAAGUGGUCACUGAGGCAUGGAUAUUGACUGAUACUGUUCUAGUGAGAGCAGACCAUUGCUUUGCUCCAGGGAGUAACAUGCAUUAUUAGAUUGUGUGAUGGGAAUUGUUUGUGUGUGCAGAGAGGCAGAAAUAUGGCAAAAUUAUUGAUUGAAAAAUGAGUGGAGUCUUGAGAAGCUCAAAAAACAUUAAAGCAGAAAAAAAUAAUAGAAUAAUAUAUAUAUAUAUAUAUAUAUAUAUAUAUUAAAAAGACAUAAGUUAAUUAUGUGUGCAUAUAUAAGAAAAUUACACAGUUGGAAAUUAUACAGUAAAAAAAAGAGCAGCAAUUCUAGGAAUUUGUAGCAAAUAUUUUGUGGGUCAACUUUUCAUUUUAACAUUUAAGAAAUGUUACUUCAGGACAACCAUAUUAUACACUGAUCAGCCACAACAUAAAACCACUGACUGGUGAAAUGAUCAACACUGAUUAUAUCAAUGUAAUGGCAUCUGUCAUUGGGGGGGGGGACAUACUAGGCUGUGAACAGUCACUUCUUGAAGUUUUUGGGUUGGAAGCUGGAAAAACAGCAAGUGAAAAGUUCUGAGUGACUUUGACAAGAGCAAAAUAGUAGGGAUGUGCAUGGGAAAAAUAUUUGGCUCGGUUCGGCAUUCCGAAAUUCGGGACUUCAGAACGUCGGGUUAGGAGUAGGGGUUAUGGUAGGUUUUAGGAGUAUGGUUAGGGUAGAGGUAGGGUUAGGGUUACCCUAACCCUACCGCUACCCAACCACUAACCCUACCAUCUUCUGUUUUGCCACUUUUCAGAAAUCUGAAGCAUUUCGGUUCGGUUCGGCAUUCCAAAAUUUGGCACUUUGGAAAUUUGUCAAUUCGGCACUUCAGACAUUCGGAAGCAUCGUAUUUCUGAAAUUUGUCAAAAUUGCAUCCGGAAUGAAACGAAUAUCACAUGUCUACAAAAUAGUGAUGAGUAUAGUGUUUAGGUCAGAUAAUCUCAAAAAUGGCAUGCUUUGAUGGGUGUUCAAGUAUGCAGUGGUAAGUACAUACCAAAAGUGGGGCAAGGAAGGACAACACAUGAACCAUUGGUGCCCAAGGCUCAUUGAUGCACAUGAAGAGGGACAGCUAGCCCAUCUGGCUCGAUCACAAAAAAUAACUAUUGUAGUAUGAAAAACGUAAUAUUGACCAUGACAGAAAGGUAUCAGAACACACAAUGCAUCACAGUUAGCUGCACAUAGGGAUGUGUAAUCGCAGUCCAGUCAGAGUACCUAUGUCCAGUCCACUGCCAAAAGUGACUUUAAUUGAUAAAAAGUACAAUGUGCCGCAUUGGCGUCCAAGUUCCCCAGGUCUCAAUCUGAUUGAGCAUAUGCAGGAUGUAAAGGACUUAAAGGAUCUGUUGCUAAUGUCUUGGUGGCUGAUCCCGCAGGACACAUUCUGAGGUCUUCUAAAGUCUAUGCCUCGACACAUCAGAGCUGUUUUGGCAGCACAAGGGGGACCUACUCAAUAUUAGGCAGGUGGUUUUAAUGUUGUAACUGAUCAGUGCAUAGUUGAACUUAGUUUAGUUUGAUUUUACAACCUCUAAUGGAUUAGGCAAAUCCCAUGAUAUUGUGACACUCUUGGCAUAUCACCUGUCAUGAAAGGUGUAAAUAAAAACUAUCACUUAUGAGAAUUUUUGUACAAUUCUAAAAGGUUCUAUACAUGUAGGGUCCAAGGUGAAGGAACACCUUUCAUGCUUACCAAUUACCAAUUUCCCUUUUCUUCCAUAGAUUAGUCUCCCUAUUAAAGUUAACGGAAAAAUUAUAUAGGUAAAUCUUUGUCCAUGUGCUAGAUAGGGACUGACACAAUUCCAUUGUAUCAAAGAGUUGUGUAAAUAAUUGUGAUGUCACUAUUGUUUUUAUUAAUAAAAAUAUGACAUAAAUUAUUUUAUAGGACCAAUCCGAGUCUAACAGGAGUAAUAGCGACGUUAUGCAAUUAAAAAAUACUCUUAUCUCCAAUGUCAUAAUUAUUUUUUAAGUGUUCUUACCACAAUAAAAGUUCAGUAUAUAAGUAUGACAGCACCCAAAGCUUUUCAGUUUUUGGAUUUUUAACUACUAUUCACAAAUACUAAAUAGGUUGUAUUGUUUGUGCUAUUCAGGUUUAUACAUGGAUGAUGCAUAAAUUCUGUUGUAUGUUACAUUGACGUGUGCAUUACUUUUUAAGCUAUCAAGCCAAAGGGAAGCAAGAUACUGCAGGUAACAGCGCAGUAUUAAAACUGGCCAAGCAAGAUGAAGUCUGGCUUCGAAUGGGAACUGGAGCUUUACAUGGAGACCAUCAGAGAUAUUGCACCUUUUCUGGAUUUCUCCUUUUUGAGACUAAAUAAAAACAGCUGGUUGCAUUGUUCUGUUCUGUUUUACUCCUAUUUCUAGAAAUGAUUCCAUGGAGCAAUAUGGUAGUACUAUACUGUAUAGAUUGUAUGUAUGAACAAUAAACAUGGCAGAGUUUGAAGGAACAUGUAGCAUCUGUUAUUUAUUUAUUUUUUUGAGUUGUCAGAAUAUGCAAGUUGUGUAUUUCCAACCUUCAUUCAUUAUUAACUCUCAUGUA